AUGCCGGACCAAAUCACAGUUUCAGAGUUUGUGGCGGAGACGAAUGAAGAUUAUAAAUCUCCCACAGCCUCUAACUUCACCACCAGGAUGUCCCACUGUAGAAACACAGUGGCUGCUCUGGAGGAGGUGAGUAACUCUGCUGGGACUGGGAUUAUUAUCCCAGUAAACACCAGGAUAUGCCAAAUAAGAGAUACUAUUACAAUGAAAGCUCUCUUUAUUGUGUUUAGACCUUUUCUCAAACUUACAAGCUUGAAUCAGAAGUUACCUUUAUGCACCUAUUUAAUGCUCACUUUUAACAACACCAGCCAUUGUUCUGUAAGGCUUAUACCACAGGCUCUAUACUGUACCACCAUACAGUGGUUUUCAUGCAGGAGCUGACACACUAUGUUUGUAAACCUUCCUCUUUAUGGGUGAUAAAAAAGGAAAGAACACUUAGAAGAAAAUAACAUACCCAAAUUUCCUUUUUUAACUCCCUCAGCCAUUUGAAGUAAUUCUGCCAUAUGAUAAUUUCCAUGUGUGAGAGGAAAGGCUGGUCUGCAUCUCCUGUCUGUGCACAGGGAACACUUUGUGUUCUUCCUUUGCAGGUCAUCAGAAGGAAGGACACUUCCGCUUUGUUCCCUGACAGCCCCACACUGCCUCCCUCCCUCUCUUGUUUUAGUUUCCCUACUUUGUGUGCUGAAUGGCAGAGCCUCGCCCUGCCUGAUAGUAAAAAUAGAAUUUCCCACAUGGGCAGCUUGGUUUAUUAUGUGUGUUAGUGUGUCUCUGCCCUCCAAGUUUGGAUAAACUUGCAGAUGUUAGGUGCUGUUCCAAGAAAUAACAAUUGAUGUUUAGUCAUCUAUAAAAAGGCAUGUGAAGGGCACGUUUGCACCUUUUCGUUGUAAAAACAGAUGUCGGAGUCUGUAACAUGUGCAGAGCUGAGAUAGAUGGUCUGUGUCUUAUGUGAGAUUUACUCCUGCUUUAUUUAUAACCUGUGUUUGGAGAGGAUUUAGCCAGGCAGCCAGACAUGCACCUGCCCAGGCUGACAGGUGCUUCACUGGAGACUCAGACACCUUUCUCAGCUCUGCUGCAUUUAACUCUGCUGCUGGAUUAAAAGUGCAACUUAUCUGUGGUUUUGAAAGAUGCUUUUAAGUACAAGAAAGAAAUUGUUGUGGGGAUUUAAGUGAUUUUAGAUAGUGCUUAAGCAAUGUUAGCUUUACGCAAGCAUGCAGUGUUUGAGAUUCAAACUCGGCACUUUCUUUCAGACACAAGCAGUUGAAUAGUUGGUACUAGGAAGUGGAGUAGCGCGUUGUUGUUUCACAUUGACCUCCCCACGUUCAGGCUCAGGAAACACAAGGCCUUUAUUGUUGGGCCAACAAGACCUCACUUGCUUUGGUCUGUUUGACCAAUCAAACAUGGCAGUGGACAGGGAACACUUCCUCUCAUUGUCUGCCAGCGAGCCUGGAAUCUCAAACACACACGCAAACAGACACAUUUACAUAUGUACACACACGAGGAUCCAAAAGUAAGCAGUGUGUAGAUCUAAAAAAGACAACACCACCAUGUUAAAAAAAAAUCCUGGUAGAGUAUCUCUGAAUAUUUGACAAACCAUCAAGGAUGAAUCUUUCACCCGUGAGAAUAAUGAAACACAAACAUGAUCAGACUUGGCUGUUUUCAGCAUUGUGUCAUGUUUCCAACAUUGUGCUUGUUCUGACCUUUUUCUACAGCAGCAGUUUGUUGUGUAAGCACUCACUUCUUAGGUUUCAACCUUAACCUGACAGCUAAGGACAGACUGACUGGGUUAAUGCUACAUCAUUUUAUAGAGGUGCCAUGUUUCGCUAGUGGACGCCUCUUAGUUUUUAUGACAGGCUGUCUGAUUUUUUUGCUUGCGUUAAGAUUUUUGCACACAAUCUCAUGCUGCUCCAUCGUUGUUUUGAGUGCAUGAAUUCUCUGUAUAUGGCCAAACUAUCAGUAAACAAAGAUUGCAAAUAUUUGAUAGAGAAUAUGCACUGUCAAGUCUAUUUUGAAAGUGCACAAAUUAAAGCACAAGUACAAGAGGAUCUGUGUGUAGUUGAAACAUUUCACUCUUUACAAAAGUGAAAUAUUGCACAUGCAUAACUUUUUAGUCACAAAUUAAAGUGAAAGACUUGACAAGAGACACUCCAUGCAAAAAAAAUGAUCAGACUUCAGCUCUCAGUGGAGUCAAAAAAGACUUAGUAUAACUCUUGCAGUAAUUCGUCCUCUGGGCUGUAAACAGACCUUGAUGUAAAUCAAAGCCUAAUAUUUGGCUGUCUCUAAAUCACUAAUACCUCCAGUGUGGCUUAUUAGUUCUGUUAUGACAGCUGUUAUCUUUUAUGUGGGUGUAACUUGUUGACAAGGGAGAAGAUUAAUUUGUUUAAAGUGUCUUGAUUCAUGUGUUAUUCCAGAUGGCUAUAGUGCUGUUUUCCAUUCUAAUUCAAUUACACGAGAGUUUAGCUGCUCCUGAGUCUUUUUUCCAGUGAGCUCAUAACACUGUCCCAGUAGGAUUUAGAGCCUUCUGUUGCUGCCCAAAAUGUCUGAUUUGACAGCUUCUUUUGAUUAAAGAUGUGAUGCAAAUUAUAAUAUUCAAGUUUAUUUUUGUUUUUCAGACUGUCUCACCUUCUAUGUUUGUAAUACAGUAAAGCUAGCGCUCUGUUUUGUAGCUUGAGCUUGCACUUCUCUAAACAGCUGAUGCACCUACAGCCUCAUCUUCAUGAAAGACCUUUAAAGCUGGUCUUAAAAUGUGGUUCUUUAUUGUGAACUUUUAAACACAUUCACAGGAGGAGGAUAGACUCAGGCACACAGACACUUUGGCUCCUCAAAUGUUGCAUAAUUACUUCUUUCAGAACUUAAUGGCAUCUGACAAAAAAACCUAAUUAGGCUAGUAGAUUUAAACUGCUUGCUAUUAAGAGGCUAUUCAGGGAGCUUGUGUGUGAACCUGCAUGGUUGUGUGUGUGUUGGUAAAACCACAGCAAUAAAACCUGUUUAUCCAGUAAGAGGAUGUUGGGAUUUGUGUCAUGCCCCCCCUUUGUGCUCUUGUAAAACACAGACUUUCUUGCUAACCACUUUUCUGACUUUCCUCUGGCGAGCCCAGACUUAGAAAAAGUGGUCUAGGGUUUGUUUAUGUUUUCUUUUCAGAUACUCUGGCACUCUCAAUGGCACGUUGUAAAUACCCAAGCACGCUAGAAAUACCACAAUCUGGUCUUGAUGUCAUAUGAUUAUGGGAGAUACUUUUAUAUGGGAUGAUCAAAUGUGGCUUUUUUUUCUGAUAUGUAGACAGUGUGUCAUGUUACCUAAUAUUAUUGCAUUUAUGACUUUCUGAACUGAGAGGUUCUGAUUGCUUGGACCUUAUAAACCAUAUAAAGCUGUGCCCAUUUCAAUUUGUGCACAAGCUUUGAUUUUACAUAUUUGAUAAAUGACAUAAAGAUAACCAUUUAUAUCAACAACUGUGCAGAUGAGGAAAAUCACUAAAGCAAACAGCCACUUGUGUCCUGACGUGUCUGUCAAAACACAACCUCAGAUUUCAUUUCAAGGCAGCGCCAGCCCUGAGGGCCGAGCUGACUUCUGUGUUAAGUAUUGAUCUGAAUGAAAGUGCCCUGCUUUUGUCUUAACCGAGAAAACCUCAAGAGGAUGUCUGCAAGAUGUCUGGCUGGCACGUAUCGGUUGUUUUAAGUCUAUUUUUGUAACUUGGACAGUUUUAGUGCCCCAGUUCCUGAUUCUCACUUGACAGAGACAGCGAUUCCCUAAAAUGUUGCAAUCAAUAGAAAAGUCUCCUUGAACAGAUCCCAAGUUUCGUGGUUCAAACUGUAGCCCACAGAAGUUUGCUGAGAUUUAGUGUUGGCAGCUCUAAAACAACCAUCACUACUUGACAUUCAAGGCAUGUGUCUGAUGUCUGUGGCGCAGCCCUUUGAUCACUCUCUCAGUUGCAUAAAGUUACUCAGACGGAGACACAGUAACUUUUCACGACUCUGCAGCUGCUUUUUAAUUUACCGUUGCAUGACAGGUAGAGUGCUUGCUUUGUAUGGACUCUUAUUCACUUUCUACUCCCUCCUUUUACUGCAUAAAUACACAUUUUCUCAAUCUGGUUUAAGCCCUCUUUGCUUAUUACCAUAGUUCAGCACUUGCUCUUUGUCUGUGCUCUAUGUUCAUUUUCAUGGGGUCAAGUGCAUGGCAUCCACCACGGUCCCACACAUAACUCAAACAAUCAUAGUCUAACAAAACAGUGAUACCAUGAAAUGGGUUGUAAAAUCUUUCUUAAAGCAAACUUUUCAUCCGUUUCUUACAACAAAAAGGAUUCAACUCAGUCCUUUUAAAAAACAUAAAUGAAUAUAACUGAGUGAAAAAUAUUAAAUAAACAGUUUUACCUUUAGUUUUUUGUUUUCAAACUAACUGGAUUAAUUAAUACAGCAGAAAUAUCAAAAGUCAAACGUAAUAGUAAUUUUGUCACCUGCUGCAGAUGUAAUCAUUCAGUCUUUUUAAGACUCCAUCUUUAUGAUUUGAAGUCUCAGGGCUCUGCUGAAUAUCAUUAUGAUACACACAGAUUUAUGCACUAUUUGGUCCGACACUUAAUAUAUUGUUAUUAGUCGCCUCGUGCUCACUCUGUACCUCUGCUUAACUCGCACACAUACCUGCUUCAGCUGCUCUUCUUCUUACUUCCUCUUCCACAGCUCACCCUAGAGCUCUGAUUUGAGCCGUAUUACAGUUUAUCUGCUCCUAGGCACACUGGCUCAACGGGAUAACUCCCAGAAUGCCAGUUUAGCCCUGGCUGUGGCUCCCACUCUCCCCUCAUUCUCACCACAAUUUUCAGGAAGUGCUGUGGGUCCCCUUUCUCCUUUGAGAUCCUUCGAAGAGAAAAGGACAUCUCUUUGAGGGGAAAUUUUGUUGAGUAGGUCUUUACAAUCAUUUUGGAGCCCAGCUGACUUUGCUAGAAAAUGGGAUUCACAAUGUCAGUAACUAAAUAAUUACCCUGACCGUGAAGAUAUCUUUGAAUACCCUAAGCAUUAGCACAGUUAAAAAAAACCCAAAAACAUUCAUGACAUUUGAUUUUUUGAGUUCUUGUAUGAUAACUCCAAUACCUUUUAUCAAAUCAAAAACCAGAAACCCGUUGAGAUGAAAUAUUUCUGUUAAAUGCUCAGGAUUUAUCCCUUAAAGUGUCAGAAAACCACCCUCUCACCAGGCCUCUCCCUCCCUCCCAUCUCCCUUUGUCCAGUUAAUUCAUUUUUUUCCGGUGAAUAAUGGUUAUUUAUAGCCCAGUCAGCUUUUCAGAAGCCAUUACUGGGGAUCAGAAUGGUUGGGGGUGACCCACUCCUAAAGGCUAGCAUCAUUAGUCUUCAGUCUGGCUAUUAUUUUGUCCCAACAGAGGCCCAUCACACUGGCAUGCCAGUUAUGCAGUCAUAUGGCAUGCUGCCUUGCUGCUUGAUUUUGCUGAAAGAUUAUUAGGAGAGUACCUCUGGGAAUGGCGAUGGUAUUUGCAGCAUCCGUGAGCACUUGUUGGCACUGGCUAUGCAGGCCACUUAAGUUUUGUUCUCACAGAGUGUAGCUUUCCUAGAUGUGGUGUACAGCUGGAUAAUGGAGCUUGUAAAAUAGUAAGCAGAUUCUCAAUGAACUCUUGAGUGUUAGCAGUUUAGGAGCGCCUGCUGUGAGCGUCUAAGUACUUCAUCUCUUUGUAGCACCUCUAAGCCAUCGUGGACCACCGGUUGUUAGUGUUCAUGCUAUACUCUGACAUGAACCCUUAUCUUCUGUUAACAUUAACCAGGAUCUUAUAUCACUUCCAUCUGCCACUGUGACUACACAGCCCUGACUUUGCAUACCCAAAUGUUGCAGAGCAAAACAAACAGAUUCCACUGAGGCUUGGUAAUGAAGCAUCCUAUUAUAGCUCAUGUGUUUACAACCAGGGCUGAGUAAACAUAAGUCACUCAGUCAUCUCAGUCUUCAAGCUUGUGUGGAUGCUGUGACAGUUCUCAGGCCAUGGAAAGACCAGGCUACCUUCUGCCCUGACUCCUCCCCCCCCAUUCUAGGGUGUUGUGGCUUGGCAGGGGGCAACAGCUGCCCCCUUGCAACAGGUGGCCAUGAGGAAAGUUUUAACAAGGCUCGAGACUGAAGGAUUACCACUGUAGAGACAAUCCUUAUUUAAUAGCUUUAUAGACACACUGAUGGAUCUACAAGCUCCUAUGCACACAUGGUCUCUACAUGCAGAUCAGCCCAAGUGAGCAGUGUGACCCUCCUGACACUGUGGCCAGCAGACAGAGUACCACCUAAGAUGCUUAAUGCUUCCUGUAAAUGAAAUGGGAUUUCUGGCAGGAUCACAGCAGUCCUGUCUCCUCCCCUCAGCCUCAGGGGAAGUUGGCUGUCCCCACUGUCCUUUGACUUAGUGGGCCAAGAGAGAGUGGUUUGAAACCAACAUCCAUGAACAGAGAGUGUCUUAACUUCACGAAGAAAUUUCUGAAUAUGUACGUUUUUUUUAGCCUCAGCAGUGUGUGCGAUCCAGUAACCCUCAUAGGUCUUCCAAGGUCAGGGCCUCGUCCCAAUCAAUUCAAAGCCAUGACCUCUCUUAUUCCCUGAAGGGAUUUGACCACUUGGAUGUGAUAGGAUUCUUGCCCAACUUCUAUCUUUAAUGAAGGUGGGGUAUUGGAUAGAUGUGACCGGCCUUUGUUGGCUCUUGGAGGUCUGUUCGGUUUGGAGAGAUGUAAUUAGGAAGGUUAUCCUGAAACUCUUGAGUCCAACAUGGCGUAGUAGAUGAAGGUGGAAGUGGGGACUGACUGCUCUCUGUCCCGCACAGAGGUUAAGAGUUAAACACUGGGGUCACUGGGGAAGAAUGGGAACUUAAAGCUCAUCUCAUCCAUCAGAGUGUCCCGGCCCAGAUUGUCUGAGACGACUCCUUUUGAUGGCUUUUUGUUCGCAGACAGACCUUGCUUCUCCAUUAAUGAACUCAACCAUUGAUUUGUAGUCAUGGGCACUCUGCUCUACGUGGGGCCAGGUUUGGGGUUUGGGAGCGGUGAAUCCUCACAGUUGUGCUGUCCUGCUGUCACUUUCACUCAUGGAAAAAAAAGGAAAGCUUUUCUCUUUUAGGGAAAUGUUUUAACAUGAACUUCUGGGAGAUAUUAAAGUCCAAGACCCUUCUUAUUGCUUUGGUUUACAGGAUGGAAUAAGUUUAAAUCAAAUAAAAUUCUUAAUUUUGUUAGCCCUCUGUUGGCUUUAAAAGAACUUGUUUAAAAUGAAAGCCCUGACGCUUGCCCCGCAGCCUAACACAGUCCAGUCUCUGUGUGGUUGACUGCAGCUUUUUCAGGAGAAAGCAGGUAAUUUUCCCUCCUUUUUCCCCUAGACAUCAUCACACUAAAAGAACUGUUCGACACUUUCGCUUUGACACCACAGGGCUGACACAUAGGUCUAAAAGCCAACAAGAAAAACUCCUGGAAGAAGUCAGAGGGGGUUUUCUCUCCUGAAAUCACAGCACAUUUGGUCCUUAUUUCACACUCCCUCCUUCCAGCUGAAGUUUUAUCAGUCUCCUGCCAGUUUAUGGACUUCAUUAAAGACUACCCUCAAAGCCAGAGAGACUGUUUAGCAGGUUUUUAAAGAUGGCACCAUCAGGUCUCUGUUGUGACUGGUAAAUGUUGUGUUUUUGGUGUUCUGUGGUGCUUUUCUCUCUCUUGAUAUCUUUUAUGAGUAUCCCAUAAAACCUUGGCCUCAACUUUAACUAAGGAAAAUGUGAACAUGAGUGUAAAUUUCAAUAAGGAAUAAGUUUGAUCCCCCAAAAUCCAGAUAAAGGAUGGAAGACAAACAGAAAAAGGUAAAAAGGCUAGUAUGAUCAAGACUGAGACAGCGCCACAGUCUGGGAAAACCAAACGGAAACAAAAGCUUAGCUCAGGUCUCUCACCUUGUAAAAAGUUUUACACCAUGAACAACAAAUCAGGCAUUGAAAAAAAGUUUGUUUUCUCUAACACCCUAAGUACUUCAGUGGAUGCUGUCAUCCCCGUGUGAUUUCUGGCAGCUGGCAGAUGAGGUGCUGGUCCAACAGCGGUCUUUGUAGUGCUCACUGAGGAGCUGUAAAGAACCGAGUGGCUUUUAGGUUGAUGGAACGUUUGAAUAACUCUCAGUCAGGCGGAAAAACCUGCACAGAAACACAACUGUAAGGUCCUACUCUACAAAAUGCAUGCUGUUUGUGUUCAGAGACCCCGCAGAGUGAGUUUUCAUGAUCUAUUUCAAAGCAUGUUUUGGUCAAGUUUAGUUGAAACUUUCCCAGCUUUGCGGUGUAGAGUACACCUUAGCUUGCGUGUUUGUGUGUUAUUGAGCUUGUGUCAGAUGGUCUCAUGACACAGUAGAAAAGCCCCCCUCCCCCUCCAUUUCUCGCUGUCCCACACUCCUACUGAACUUGCAGGCUGGAGUUUUCCAUGCCUCCCCGGGGGCAGCUUGACUACACACAUCUCAGCUGUGUGAGAGGACAGAGAGACUCUGCAACCAUGGCCUGUGAGCUGCCGGCUCCAUGCAACCCACCUCUAUCUAAAUAUUGACUUUACUUACUCAGCAUGGAGAAAAGUUGUGAAUGAAACACUUGAAAGGAUGUGUAAAGGUUUCUCUUUUUUUUUUUACUCUGGAUUUGUAGUUCUGAAUCUAUUGAAUGGAUUUAUUAUUGAGUUGAGUGUUUGCAUUUUAACAGAAGAAGCCUGGCUCUAGAGAUCUGCCUCCUCUGUGAUGCCUGCAGGGCUGAACCUUACUGUAUAUUUGACAUAUGUUCUGAAUGAGUCACAGCUUUUCCUUUGUGGAUGUUGAGGUAGAGUCGAGAGAGAGAGAGAGCGAGUGCCCUUCCUGUGUUUACGCUGACUGUGCCACAUGUAGAGCCCAAGACAGCAGAUCUGUGUCUGGCUGAAAGCUGGCUAACAGUCCAUGCAGCACCAGUCAGGCAGCCACUUGGACGCCACACCUGCAGAAAAGCUGACGCGGCUCAUUCUUUGAUGUAGCGGGACAAGACUGCUUACGAAAUUUAAGGUGCAAAAUUCUCCACAGAUUGCUUUCAGGUGACCAUACAGACUGAUGGUAUAUGGUUUUGCUGAGUUUGAAGAGAAAGGAGGAAGGAGUGGGUGGGCAUACAUCCUGAUUGUCCCAGCAUAGACUGUGCCUUCAAAGUUGUGGUCAGACCAUGAGCAGGUUUUAAUAGUAAAAGUGCUCACAGAUGUUUAUAAAUGACAGGGCUGGUAGAAAAAGCGAGACAUGUUCUGAUGCCAUUUUUUCUGGGCUAAUACAGAUUCAGACUACUUCAUUUUUGUAAGAAGUUAAAGCGUCAAAUAUGUGAUACAAGUUACCAGUUAUGGACCUAUAAGGCUCAUUGAUGAUCUGACCAUAUUCUGACUUCCCAAAAAGAGGACACGACUAUGCGGGGGCGGAGUCACAGAGUCGCACCAAGCAGGACAAGGCCGGACAGCCCCCAAAAAAGAGGACAUGGCCGGGUAAAAGAGGACGUAUGGUCACCCUACUACUGAUUAACGAAUAAAGCAGUCUGGAGGAACGAGUUCAAGGUGUUGACCUGAUCUCCAAAUGUCUUUGAUCUCUAUCCAGACAAACAUCUCUUGGAUGUGAUGGACAACCAAGUUUGAUCCAUGGAGGCCCUCACCUUGUUGUCAGGAUCUAAGAGGAUUUACUACUGAUGUCUGCAGCACUCCUUCAGAGGUCUUGUAGAGUCCACGCUAAGGUCACAAAGUUAUAGCUCAGCGGUGUUAACGUGCUCCACCUAUUAACACAUCACAACCCAUCUGAAACAUUGUGCUGGAGUGUCAAAAGGAUGGAAAUUGUGAAUGUGCCUUUGCCAGGAGCCAGUUAUUGAUCUACGCAUUGAUCAUAGAGGAAAAUGGACCAGAUCUGUCUCACUGGCAGAUCCGGUUUCACUGUUUUUCCGCUUCUCAUAACACUGUAGAGUGAACACACAACAGCUGUGAGAAAAAUAAUUACCAUGAUGUCAGCUGCGCCGCUGAUUCUUACAUUAAGUCCAGGACUUUUUAUUUAUGACCCUGUAUUUGUCUGUGAGUGACUUAAUUGCUCACCCACCUCAGAUGUUUUAGGCGUCUUUGUUUUUAUUGUGUAACAUCUGGUAUCUCCAUUAAACCCAACCCACCAAAGCAAUCACAUAUAUUUUACCAGCACAUGCGCUUAUUAAAUAGGAUGAUCCCAGGCAGCUGCCUUUCUUAUUGGCUGGCUUCCACAGUGUGCAGCAGACAGUUUCCUCGAAUGACCGUUGUAGGGUGGAGGAUUUGGGGUGUUAUGCGAGGUUAGCAGACGAGUUAUAAAGACAUCGCAGACAAAACUCCCAGAUGCCUGUGUCUGUGUCAGCUUUGUUAGAGUGCGUGUUAAUGACAAAAGCACUACUACAUACGGUGGCUUGUGUUUUGUUAAAAAUGGACGUGUGUGCAGUUACAGGGCCUCCGAGAAAAGCAGGGCAGCGUCUUUCCAGGCAGACAUGCUGUCAUCAGCAGAUAGUUAGUGGGCAGGAACAAUGGGGCCGCGUCUUUGUCUUGUCUGUCAGUCACUCCAGCAUACAAUCAUCAAGGAAUGUUUUCUUCUUCAGACAGUUGAAGAAGAGGCCGAGAGUGUAACAUACAACAGGCCUGUUAGCUGGACUCGCGUUUCAUGUUUCACCCUGCUUCUUACAUGUGUUCACCAGAAGUGACCUUUUUUUACGUAAGGCGUAGAAGAAAAUAUUAAAGUGCCGAAAAUGCUUUUUAUCCCUGAGAAAAAAAAAAAAAGAAAAUUCCCCAGGUAAGUCUUCUCGCUGUAAAACCGAUUUUCUCUCCACACAAACUUCUCCUUUACUCCUCUUAGGACAACUCCACGGGCCCUUGACAGUUCCCCUUUUCAUUUAAUUUUGUUUCUUGGGCCCAGAAUUCAUGGUGCCGCUGCCCUGGCAAACAGUUAUUGUGAAAUCUGGAAAUUCAGACACACCAAUUCAUGAGACACUGUUUCAUAUAUGCUGAUGCAGUUUUUCCAAAGGAAAGGUGGUUUUAACUGUCACCCUAAUAAUUUCCACGGCUUUGAACAAAGUCCAUAAGGUGCAGUUUUUUACAUCGCGGUGCAGCAUUUCCCAGUGCUAUUUGUUUACACCAUGUGGAGUUGGAUAUCCUACUACCUACCAAUGCUGGAUCAGACAUCUGUUCAAUAUUUGAUGUGCACAGCUCUUAAAUUGAAAAAUGACUGCACAGUCAGGACACUGUUUGGCUAACAGCCCUACCUUUUUUUCUACUUUUGAAGACUUGGCUUACAUGCUUGGCUUUGCACCCUGGACUCACCCACUUUGGUUUUGGACUUCAGAGUCCAACUUUGUGUUUAUUCUUUACGGUCAAACUUGCUAGUUAAUACAGAAAUGAGUUACCUAUUUUAAGACUCUGAUCUGCUUACUUCGGUUAUUUCCUGUAAAGAUGGUUAUGAUAACUUUGUGGUAGCCCUGUGCAAUGUAAUUUAAUUACGAUUCACAUUUUAUAAUCUCUGUCUCCCUGAAUGAGAAAGAAACCCUAUGUAUAACAUCUGACAUAGGGCUGGGCGAUAAAACGAGAAUGAUAUAUAUCGAAAAUUGAUUUCCCUCAAUAUCAAUAUAAAACAUGGUCAAUAUCCUUUUGGAUAGUUGGCAUUCUGCCAUGUUUAGGUAGACUAUACGAAUAGCCAAUGAAAAGGGGAGUUGCUCCUGAUCAGCUUUGGGCUGAACCAAUCAUGUACUGAAUUAGAACCAAGUAGCAAACAACUGCGUAGUAGCAGGCUGCAGCUACACGCAACCAUAGCACUUUAACACGUGAAGCCGACAGCACUGUUUGUGAGAAGAAAAAAAGAAAAAGAGUGCUACCCCCGGCAGAAAUGACGAUGAAGGCUCAACAUAUGAUGGUAUCGUCGACAACACUGGCAUGAAAACAUCUGUGUUGUGGAGAUAUUUUGUUUUUUUAAGGUCGGACAUGAAGCAGAGUAAUGUGCACUACAAAUUAUGUUGAGUACAUGUUCUCGCAAAGUCACACAGCAGAGCACGUGCAAUGUAAAAGGUUAGCCCAUGGCGCCCAUGCAGCCGAAACAGCUGACCAUUCAGUCCGCUUUCUUUAGCGCAAUGCCUUACAACAAGACGUCAAAGAGACACAAAGACCUCACAGAUGCAGUAGCUUAUUAUAUUGCAAAAGACAUGCUACCAAUAAGCACUGUUAAAUAUUAUUUUUUAUAUCGGGAUAUAAAUCGAUGUUCAUUGAUAUGAAAAAACCUAUUGUGAUAAACUUUUUCCCCAUAUCACCCAGCCCUCGUCUGACAUGUUUAUAAAUUCUGUCUUGCCUCUAUAUGAGGAUCCUCAGCUUCCUUACUGUCAGUAAUAAGGUUGGCACUAUCCUCCUUCCCUCUUUAUCUGUCACAGCACACACUUUAGAUGUUAUCUGUCUAUACUGAGCUCACAGCCUUCAGUAAUCGUACACACAUCACUCUAUCAUCCAGGAAAUGCACAGCCAUACGUGACUGGAUCGAUGCAGCCAUGACCCCCCCCUCACCCUGCUGUGCUGUUUAAGUCUGUAGAUCAUCUGGCAGCAGAUGGUGCCCGAUUGUAAUCGCAGUGAUGGGCGAUGAUGAUGAUGAUGUCAUGCAUUAAUAAGAGGAUUAAUUAAUUUCUUCUAAUGGGUUCCUCCUCUACAUGAUCCUCUUGUCUGUGCCAGGAAGGGAGAAAUAAGCCACUCUGGUUAGUUUACAGUCAGCUGUUAUCAGGAGGAUGAAAAUGCUGACUCUGCAUUAACGUCAUAUCAAGUGUGCUUGAGUAGCAGCUCCUGGCACAGAGGCUCUGUCUGUACAGCGUGACGGUUCAGCCGUGGUCCUGUGCUGCUCAAACACUUACAUUAGUGGAAUUCCCCCUCUUGCUCUGAAUAGUUGUCAGGUUAAACAUGUCCAGUUUGAGAGCAGCCUUUAACACAAACAAGGGGGCUUACAUACAGUAGUUUAGCCGGGUAGUCACUCCGUCUGAGCCUGAAGUGCUCAUCAGAGUGGAAAUGUGUGAAAGUGAAUGAAGAGUCCCGUGUGUAUGCGUGUGUGUGUGUCUGUAUGUGUGUGAAUGAUUUAGAGCGGCGUUUUUGUUGUGCUCAGCUGGGAUUGGUUUAUCACUCCGCCUGUCUGUUCCCCACUUGUCUCGCCCCUUUCCCCGUCAGACCACUCUCUGUAUAUUGAAAGGAUCUGCUGGAGCGUGACGCUGCCUGAUUGGUAUGUGUGUGUUAGUGUGUGUGGGGGUGUGUGUGAGGGUUGAUCUUGGGACAUUUGGAGCGGUGAUGUCUAUGUCAAUAGCUGUGUUUCCAACAAGCAGUCUGGUGUAUUGUGGUAUGGCACAGUAUGGAAUAAGUUGGGAAAGUUACUGUCCUCCUGUUUGAUUUAUCACCCUUCUGUUGGGGUGUCACUUAUAUCAAUCCAACCUCAAAGGGUGAAUGUUUAAACGCUACAACCUGCUAAGUGAGAGAGAGGAGGAUAAAGGAAGGUUAAUCUAGAUCAUACCUCUCCUAAACUUGAGUUAUAUGACAAAUUAUGACUUCAUUUAUACCAGAGGACGCUUCUGGGUGCAAUAAAGGUGCAGGUAGAGAGGUACAGAGAUGAAUGCAAAGGGAAAGGAAGAUCACACAAUAAAACAUGUUUUCUGUCUUUUUUUUUUAAUACUCAACAUAGUUAACUCGCAGCCUAUGUAUUUCAUAACUACUUUUUUCAAACCGCAGUUCAUCCUUGGAGGAAAUGUCUAAGACCGUAGCUGGUCUGCUUUAUUCAGGGGCUGAUUACCAACAUUAUAUGUCGGUUAACCCUCAGGUUUUGAUGUCAUCAAGGAUCAAAACAUACUCAAUAACUUGACCAGUUUAGGGUCUUGAAUAUGAUGAACUCUGCAGCGAUUGUGCACUGGAAUGAAUUAUGCAUAAAUUGUCUUCUUAAAGAGGUUUGUUGAAGAAUAUUCAAAAUUAUCGACGGUCAUUUUUAUUCUGAUGCAAACCUCGAUUUACUCAGCUGUAGUUAAUUCUCUGCAUAUGCGUCAUCACCUGUUUCAUAUUACAGACAGUGAUCAGCUGGACAAGCUGCAAGAUACCCCCCCAUUUGCAUAAUUAUCUACACUAUAUGUUUCUAAGCAUUGUGUAUUGUAUAACAUGUAAGCCACCACUGAAUAAUCAGCGUUGAGCCCAUAUUGGCUUUGUUAUAUCAACCAAACGAUAAGUGUUUAAAGUAUUUAAAAUGAAGUAUUUAAAAAUGAAGCCUCUCACAAAAUCACUUUCUGAAUUUUCUCUUCAUUUUCUAAGGGUAAAGCAGGAUUUACUUCAAACCUUCAAACCAACCUAGAGUCAUUUUGUGAUGCUGCUUUAACUUUUGUAGCUGCAGAAGUGCAUCCUUUGAAGUGUGAUCAGAGUGUUAAGAGGAUUCAGAGAAUGUCAUAAUGAUUUGAUAAUUUCAAACACAAAUCUGCUUCAAAAUUAUAAAGUUAUACAAAGAAGACAUUUAUAAUUUAAAAUAACACAUGAACAGCUCCCCAAAAACAAUAUUGAUAGUAACCAUGCUCUUUUUAUACUAAUUUUAAAAUUAUUUCCUGUAGCAUUGAAACUGUUUUGCUUCAUAUUUGUCAGUAAUUUAGAACCCAUAUAACCUAGACUCUUGGCUGAAGAGCAAAUCCACUUUCCUACAGAGGCUCAGAUAUCUUCAAAACUUUGUCAGUACUCUCUUGGCUUUAAGUGCUUGGAGUACAUGCUGCAUAAAGGGCUAAGAAAACACGGCUAGCAUGGUUUUUUUAUGUAACAUUUUUGUGUGGUUAGCAGCUUUGGUGGUGUAGACGGAGAUAGCACUCUGUGGGGGCUUCUGGAGCGGCUGUAUUUUUCUCACUCUUUGUCUGCUUUGAAAGUACCUGUCUACAAGUACGCAGAAAUUUGUUUCUAUGUGGGGUCUGAACUACGGCUGGGGGAGUCUUGUCUGAACCAGACAAAGCUAAUAGGUUGACGGCAUAUGUUACUGCUGAGUCAUUUAACAGGAGUUAUAGGAACUCAAACCACAGCGUUUUACUUUUACUCAGAGGAACAAGCUGCUUCUGGUUGGUUUCUUUUGAUUUGACACUGUUCCCCUUGUAAAAGUCAUCGUAUUUUAGUUUUAGCACUAUAAUUGAAGAGCCUUACUCAUGCAGAGUCAACCUGUUUUUUUUAAUUAUAUUUAUUUUGUGGUUACUCUUAUGAUCCAUUUUAGACCCCUUUGGGCUGAAGCUAAACAACUUGGUGUGAAUUCGGCAGUAACUUAUUUUCACAAAGGCUGAAAGCAAUAAAAACGUGUUCAUCUAACUGAAAGCAAAAUUGAAGUCUACACUAUAGCUAUUGCGGCAUGUAAAUGAGAGGAUUAUAUGAUAACAUUGUUUGGUAUUUUAAUGAUUUAAUGAGCAAUAAAUAUAAACAAAUGUAAUCGUUAUUGGCUUUAACUCAAUUUUUUGGACCAUCUACUGUUCUUCACCUAGAUCCACAAUGAAUUGUAAUGGCUUUUUCACCACUAAACUCUAACUCUGAACUCUGAUCACUAAUUAAAAGGUGCUCUUUAUAAGCCACUACAUGACUGGAGCUGCUAAAAAAGGAUAAGAAAAUCACAGUCUCAGUGUUCUCGGGUUUUCUUUUCCUUCUUCCAUGUCUCUAACACUUGAAUUAUUCGUCAUUUCCCUCUCAAAGUCAGAUCGAUCCUUCUGUCUUUUGGUUUUCCCCUUGGUCAUAUUUAACACACACACUUAAAGGAACAAGUUGCUGAGCGUAUAUUCAAUUGUGUAACUUUUAAGUGCUCUUAACUUGUCUUUUAAGAAAAUGCUGAUUUAUGGGUUUAUUACGUUUCGUCCUUACAUUUAGUAGUGUAGCAGAAAGGAGCGUGUGGGUGUGUGUAUGUGUUGCAGUUGAAUGGGAGCCAUUGUGUGUUUUUGUUUUCAGAGGGUCCAGGGGAUCUGAUAUGUGUCAGUUAGACCGGGAGCUGUGGGGAGAAGUGGCGCCGGCUUUGGCCCGGUUGGGCGGACGUACUUAAUAAAGCCCCUAAAACUCAUUUCCCCCAAAUCCCCCUCAUCCCGAGAGACUCCCUCACUCAUCACUGCUACAGAGCUGCAUUGUCUCUACUGGACUUGCACUGUUUGUCCUGUGGAUAUCAGAGCUCAUGUGGAAGUGUGAGUGAGGUUUGUACGUCUGUGCCUGUGUUUCCUUCAAGUGAGAAACUGCCAAUGCUCAGUGCCUUUGUUAAAAAAGCUAUUGUACUGAUAAAUACACUAACACAAUAACCAAUGAUGGAGGCAGGUCUAUUCUUAGCUUUUGCUUGAAUAAUUCAUUACUGGCAGCCAGAGCUGGAGAUGACGUACAGAAUACACACAUACAAAAACUGUACCCACCACAUGCAGGCAUGCACUCAGGGUGUGGGCAAAAAGCAGGAUACCAAACAAUAUGUCUCAACCAUUAGAAAAACAGCUUAGCCUAAUGGACAUCCCGCUGAGAUUUCUUUAAAUAAAACAAACUAUUAACCUGAUUUUACACCUUUGUAUUCGCUGCCAGCACUACAGCAGGUUUGCUAUUUGGUUUGAUGGCAGCAGUUUCUCUUUACUAGUGGUCUACAAUCUCAAAACCAGUUUGGCUGUUGAGACAGAUUUGAAAAACGCACUUCACUCACCCCGCCCCUCCGUGUUCCAAGAUCCCGCCCCCCCCCAGCUCGUGUCGCCUCCUAACAACACGCCCCCUCCGAUAGAGCAAGAAAAUAUCGAAAUACAUUGAAAGCAACUCAGGAUGUCUGGGUUGGAUUCACAUAUGUUAGCGGGGUGCAGUGGGUCUGGUGUCGCCACUGCUAGCCGGUCAGAGCAGGGCAGAUCGUGGGCGAGGCUUUUCCUUUCUCGGCAUGUCUUCAUCAGCUCAGUUUACGAUGCUAAAGAUGCGUGGCUAACUUAUGCUAAAAUCUAUUGACAGAGCCUACCCAUUCCGACCAACAACAAUCAGUCAUUAGCCAGUAUAGGCACAGACUAACCAGAGUUAUUCAGCAGACAUCUCCCACUAUAGUAAACAAAGUAAGUACCUGUUCAACAGAAAUUCGUCUGUCUCAGUGUCAGUUUUCAGUCCCAAAUACUUCUGCACCUUUUCCACCGGUCAUACGUUUCUCCAAUGUAGACUCUCCGUUGGCACCUGUAUCGCUCAUAUUUCUUCCUUACUGUGGCCUUUUCCUCAAAACUUUUACGUUUCCUUCCCUUCGAUGUGAAGGGUAACAGAAGCGGCCUCCUGGUUUCGGUGUUUGUCUUCUCCGGCUCCAUUACGCUCCAGUAGCUGUGCAGCUAGCUAAUCACAUGUACGUGAGGGGGGUAGUGGGGAGGAGGCGGGAGGAGGCGGGACCAUGGGCGGAACGGUGCGGAGCAGGCGAGACAGGGGAUUGGAUGGACUCAUGGACCACUCUGAUUGGUCGAUCAUUAUGCCUUUUUUGCAGCGGAUAUACUGAAUGGAUUUUUUUCGUUGUUUUUGAUCUUUAUAUUGAGUAGAUUGGACCAUAGUGUUAUUAAUAAGUACCAAGCUUCCAAAUGGUAGACCAUAGCUUUAAGGUUCAGAAAUGUAGAAUUUAUUAUCCUACAUGGAUCAUAGCCACCAACGUUUAUGUGAAAUGGUAUCAGAAAAUGGCAAAAGGCUUUUUGUAUUUAAAGUUUGGACAAAAUCUUAUUAUGACAACAUAUAUCCUGACUUUUAGGAUACGGUUAUUGAUAUGCCAGCAUCAAAUAUCCACAGUUUACUUUAAUGGUCAAAACAGCAGGGAUAAUGUCUCCUAGUGGUGAUAAAAGCUGACAGAUGCACAGGCCUCUUUUUAUUAGGUUGUGGUUUUUCUGUUUACUUUUAUACAUUAAUGUUUAUAUAUGGAAGACAUUCAGCUUAAGGAGUCAUACCAGCUUAAUAAUGUGUCACGCUCUUGUUUAAUAGACAAACCUCAUGAGAGCUAAGCAACUCAUUAUCUCCACAAUGGACCCACCUAAACAUUGAAGGAAUUAAUUAAAGUAAUAAAUCUCUGCUAAGAUGUAACGGGGUUUCUCAUUGUCGUCCUCUUCGUGUGUUUGUGUGUGCAGGCUCUGGAUGUGGAUCGCAGUGUUCUUUACAAGAUGAAGAAGUCCGUGAAGGCCAUCUACACAUCCGGUCUAGGUGAGUCCUCCUUAUAGUCUUUCAUGUUGGGGCUUUCACAGUCACAUAAAUCAAAAACCUUUUAGAUGUGCUCAGUUUUAUGCUCAUCCGCUGGCCCUGAUGGUCUUAAAAUUAACAGAUCAUGAAAUUAUUUUUUAGGUACAUCUUAUAUCCCUUUUUGAUGUAUGUCUGUAUUUAAUCGUACCAGGAUUGAGACAAGCUAUAGAUUGGAUAAUAAUUAGGGUAAAGAAAACUUGAUUGACUCGAAUUGGAAACAUGAAACUCAAGGUUUUAUACAAUUUAUUACACAAAUUUUCUUUAUUGACAGAGACUACCAUUUUAUUUCAGGACAAAAUGAAGCGCCAUGUGCAGUACGAGGCAUCAGGCUGACUUUGAAGAGCUUCAUAAAUUGAUAUCAUGUUUUUUUUUUAUCCCUUUCCAGCUUUAUUCAGAGGAUAAUUAGUCUAAUUAAAAAUGCAGUCGAUCGAGCAUUGAGAUAUUAAUUGUGUUCCACUUCCUAUUGAGGCAGAAUUAGAAAGGUUUUUUUCUUUUGCCUUUGUGUGUAUGUGUGUGUGUUGUUACCAUGCUCAUUCAGGCUGUUGUCGGUGUUGGGUGUUUCCAGUGUCUUUUGUUUGGCCUGCCUGACAGAACCCCGCUGUGAGAGAGAGAGAGCGAGAGAGAGAGAGAGACAGGGGGAGAGAGAGCGCCAAACAAUGUGCUGAGCAUGCCUUUUUUUUCCCCAACAGUGUGGGCUCUGUUCAGACCACAGGGACAGCUGUCUGAUCCAGACCCCCAGAGGAACAGCUGGGGAGGGGUGCACACUGUGUUUGUGUGUGGGUGCUGAGGCAUGGAAGCACUAAUGUUCCCACUUCACCUCACUGUGAAACGUGCAUGUACGAGUUAACAUGCUGCCUUUUGUGUUACUGCAAGUUUUUUUUUUACACAGAAGGCUGACACUGUGUGUGUGAGUUUGUGAGUUCAGGUGCGCACAGAGCGGGUUAUUCUUGCCAUGUCGAGCUCCGAAGUGCGCACCGCUGUUGUUGAUUAAUCACCUUCAUUUGAAUGUGUGUGGUUGGCGCAGUGGGGCUUUUGAUUUGCAGGUGUUUCAGGCUGUUGAAAUGUGUUUUCAUCCUGAGAGGGAUUAUCUGUCAUUGUAAAAAAAAAAAAAAAAGAAAGAAAAAAGAAAAACUAGACUAUUUUUUGCCCUGAGGCGUGAAGCUGGUUGAGAUUUUUAUCUACGUUUACAACAGAAACAGUGUUUUGUCUGUGGAAAUGCCACUGGGAAUGAAGUUAUUUACAGUUCCUCUUUAUUAACCAAGUUCACCUUGACCCAAAUUUUUCUCCAGACUUUAAUCUGUUUUGAAUACAAUCCUGAUGACUCCAUUUAGCUCCUUGACUUAGAUGUCAACAUUAGAUAGGGACACACGUACUGGUAGGAAAAUGAUGCUGAUGAUAUAAAGUAUAUCAAAGCCAGGUGACACAGAAAGUGGAAAGUGAAUCAGAUUAGUUUAUACAGAUAACAACCCCUUUAUAUAACCACACAUUACAUAUCACCCUCUGCCAUCAGUGUGAGAAUGUAGCGUGAAAAGGUGAAUGUGACUUGUAAUGUGAAAGCUCUCUUAAGCAGGGCUGUAGAAAUAGUCUAUGUACAGUAGUGAAAUAAGCAUUCAUAACACAAAAGUAGAUUGUUUUAGUGAGACAGUAAAAGAAUUAUAACAUAAACCACUUCAGGAUUCUCCUUUUAUGCAUUAUUUCAAUAGAAAUGUGAUUGGAAAAAAGAGAAAAGAUUAAAAUUUCAUUUAUAGGGCCAGAAAAAAAAUACUGUCUUACUAAGAUAAGUAAGAUAAGUAAUAGCUUUUUCUCCGCGAUGAAAACUUCUGUGUUGAUAUUCUGGAUUAAAACAAGACUCCGCUGUAGAUACUGGUACUAAAGGAAGAUGUUUUGCUGCAGAAUCUGAAGUGGAUUCACCAGGCUGAAUAAUGAGACACACAGCAGGGGGCCCAAACACUGACUGCCUCAAGAGUAUACUUCUGCUAUGAUUGACUGUCGGAUAUAUUUUGGCUGUGACUUCAGGAAUAGUAAUGAUGAGGAUGUGGAUGGAGGAAGACGAAGGUUUGAUAGACAAAGAUGAAGAAGAAUAAACAAGAUUUUAAGUGUCAACGUGCCAUGGGGAGACAAAACGGCUGAGCAAGCAUUGUAAGCUGGUAGGAAAAAGAUGUGGAAGUUGAGAGAGAAAGAAAACUGCAGAGGGAGAGCGAGCCCCGUGUUGCUGCAGGCACCUGACAGGUUGUCAGCUUGUGGGUUUUGAUGAAUAAACCAGCAGCAGCAUCUCAAACUCCCUCAGAAGAACCUGAAGCUGAUGGAGCAGAGCUGUGAGGGCAGGCCUGCCAGAGCUGCUGAACAGAAAACUCCUCACUGCAGUCGUGUGAAUGCUGUGUUCUUACUGCUGUACCUGUACUGUAUGUGGGGGCUUGCUGAAGUACUGCAGCACACAGCCUGCCUUGCGUCAGGAAAAUGGUGAAUUUUGUGGCUUUUGAAUAUGUGCAUUUUGUUGUUUGUGGUUUCCAGGAAAAUGUGACUCCUCCAAGCUCUAAUGUAAUUAAUCUGAAUGAAUGUCCUAAGAACAGUAGGGAUGGGAAUUGAUAAGGUUUUAUCGAUAUCAAUGCCAUUAUUGAUUCUGCUUAUUGAUUCAAUUCUCUAACGAUUCCGUAAUCGAUGCCUUUCUUUGAUUUAAAAAAAAAAAAAGAAGUAGAGUAAAGGUUUUCACCAUUAACUCAAAGUUUUAUUGAGUCUCUGAAAACAGAAAAAGAUGUAUGCCUCCUUCAGUGAGAGUCUAAAAAUAAUCAAAUGACAAACUGUUUGUACAGCAUUUACUUUGGUCGGUAUUAAGUCAAGUACAAAAUACGUUGUUAAGUCUGGCAUGCAUUGUGCUUAUGUUAACACAGGACAUACAUGAGGGUGACCAUCAUCUGAAUUCCCUUUAAAAGGACACUACUACCCGGGCGGAGUUGCGUGCAAAAUUUUGAGGGUUUUUUGGGUCGGAUAGAGUGUUUUCAUGCGCUUCUCACUCAGUUAAACGUAUACUCUGAAUUCUCAAAGACAGUGCAUGCGUGGAAAUACAUGUGAUUCCUUAUAUUCGAUGCCGUUUCCCCGUUGACUAAUGUUGAAGCAUUUUGCUGGUGUUUCCACCUUUGCAUGUUAUCACGGCUCAACAAACGACGCACAUCGCGCUGUUGUCAUCUUUCGCUUCAGAUCGUCUCUGCCUGUUUUUCGUACCAUCUGCCAUUUUUUUUUCCCUCAAAGUCUCUGUUGGGGUUCGCAUAGACUGGCUCUAGCAAGACCGUUUUUCAAGGCACCCGGAAGAAAGGCAUCGUUAAGGGAAUCAUUACGAUAGAAUGUAAAACAAUGUCGAUGGAUUGAACCAUUUGGAACCGGUUCUCGAUUCCCAUCUCUAAAGAAAAGACCAGGUAGGACAAUGGAGCGUAAAAGAAAAAAGCACAGCAAGGGAAGGGACAGUCAUAUCUCUCUGUACAGUGAGCUUUUUGUCUACUUUCUCAAAGAUUUAGAUCCUGGAUUUUUUUUUUUCAGAUUGGCUGCCACAUAAAUACCUGGCAUGGCAGCUUGUCAUACUCUCUCACUUCUCGAAAUACUCCCUUUAUAUUAGGUGAUAGGUAGAGUGUGUGGAACAGAGAAGAGGGAGUCUUCUGUAAUGAUCACUGAUUCUUGGUUGAAAAUAAUCUCUACAACCUUUGAGGACAUGCUGGCUGCACUUACUCUGUAUCAUGAAACACACUGGUCAUGUGGAUUUAGAGAGAGAUUCUGGGUUGAAGCAAUGAUUCAUGAGUGAGGUGUGAUAUCGCAGAAUUAUAUAUUGUAGUCAGAACAGCUGUAGCCACAGUUCGCUCCUUGUUUCCAGUAUUCAUGCUGUUAUGAAUCCAUUUAUCUAUUUAUAUCUGAAUCCAGGCAAACCAGCACCUGUAUAAACAACAAAGUGAAAAAGUUCUCAUGACAGUUUUACAGCAGAGAUUCUCCUCCUCCAGUUUUCUGGUGUUAUUCCCUUUAGAUGAAUCAGUGUUUGAACAGAAUUACUCUCAGAUCCAUCAGUGAAAUUUCUUAAAGUGAGAGCAAACUUCCAAAUGUUUCAUCAUCAAACGCUGUCGCUUUACAGCACAGCCCUGCUCUUUUUAACCUAGUCCUUGAGUAAUGCGCAUGACAUGACAGUAGUAUCCAUCUUCUAAACUGUAUUUCUAAGCAGGUACUCAAAUGAAAGCAUUCAAAAUAUAGUAUGCUUGUAUUUUUGCCACCUCUAAAAAAAAAACCAAAACUGCUGUCUCUGUCUCCUGUGGAUAAAAGUUACUCAAACUUCUGCGGCUGUAUGCUGUGAAUUGGCUGUGGAGUCCUGUGGUGUUUUCAAUGAGUCCAUAGAGGGAUGUGGGAUCGAUCUGAGGUCGGCCUCACAUUGUGUGAGUGAGCAUCGGUGCGCCGACAGAGCAGCUUGAUGGAGCCGUGAGUGAGGGAAUGAGUGUGGGAGAGACAGAGAGAGGAAGCAGAGGCCGGUCUGGUAUCUGCUGAUUAAACCCUGCGUGUGUAUGUAUGUAUAUGUGUGUGUGUGUGUGUGUUUCAGAAAUAGUUUGGAAUACACUGCAGCACAAGCCUUUAGGAUGUCUUAUAAACUCUAGUAGAUAUCUGGAUGUUGUAUUAUAUAAGGGAAAAGAUGUAAAAGUAUUUCUGUGUUAACACUGGAGCCACGUACCUGCAAAUAUAUCUCACAAAAAUGUCCUAAACUAAUAAAAAAGAUUUAUGAGAAGUUGAAAACUAAAAGUAAACAUCAGCUUGUACCAGAGAAACCUUUUUUUUCAGUUUUUCACUGGAUGUCUUUGGUUUUCCAAACCCUUAGUUACUUUUUUUAAAAGACGAGGCAUGUUGAAAAAAUCUGAAAAUCACAACACUGAUUGUGUUGAGCAAUAUUUGAAAAAAAAAAUAACACAAUGUUUGUCACAACCUAGUCCUUGAGUAAUGCGCAUGACAUGACAGUAGUAUCCAUCAUCUAAACUGUAUUUCUAAGCAGGUACUCAAAUGAAAGCAUUCAAAAUAUAGUAUGCUUGUAUUUUUGCCACCUCUAAAAAAAAAACCAAAACUGCUGUCUCUGUCUCCUGUGGAUAAAAGUUACUCAAACUUCUGCGGCUGUAUGCUGUGAAUUGGCUGUGGAGUCCUGUGGUGUUUUCAAUGAGUCCAUAGAGGGAUGUGGGAUCGAUCUGAGGUCGGCCUCACAUUGUGUGAGUGAGCAUCGGUGCGCCGACAGAGCAGCUUGAUGGAGCCGUGAGUGAGGGAAUGAGUGUGGGAGAGACAGAGAGAGGAAGCAGAGGCCGGUCUGGUAUCUGCUGAUUAAACCCUGCGUGUGUAUGUAUGUAUAUGUGUGUGUGUGUGUGUGUGUUUCAGAAAUAGUUUGGAAUACACUGCAGCACAAGCCUUUAGGAUGUCUUAUAAACUCUAGUAGAUAUCUGGAUGUUGUAUUAUAUAAGGGAAAAGAUGUAAAAGUAUUUCUGUGUUAACACUGGAGCCACGUACCUGCAAAUAUAUCUCACAAAAAUGUCCUAAACUAAUAAAAAAGAUUUAUGAGAAGUUGAAAACUAAAAGUAAACAUCAGCUUGUACCAGAGAAACCUUUUUUUUCAGUUUUUCACUGGAUGUCUUUGGUUUUCCAAACCCUUAGUUACUUUUUUUAAAAGACGAGGCAUGUUGAAAAAAUCUGAAAAUCACAACACUGAUUGUGUUGAGCAAUAUUUGAAAAAAAAAAUAACACAAUGUUUGUUUACGGAGUUUGAUUUGACUUUGUUGAGAGUGAAAUAGAUUUUUGAAGUGAGAAGUCACGUCAUAAGCAGGAUAAGGUUUAAUGUUUUUAGUCCUGCUCACCCUUUUAGUGUCUUAAUCUGCUUUAACCAUCUGCUCAUCAACAUUAUCCUUUACUUUUAUUCAGGGCAUUUGACAGUAAAACAUUUCAGAGGUGGAUCUUUUUUUGGAAAGGAUGUAUUUUAACUAGAAGCAAACUGGUCUAAACUAUAAAACAUCAAUUUUUCUCCCUUCGGCACCAACAAAAAGUGUUGGAAAGGUUCAGUCCACGGUGAAUCAGCAGGUUUUGUUGACAGUAUAAACUACAUAAGUGUCUGUCUCCGUCCUCAUGUCUCCGUCCUCGUGUUACUCAUAAACUGGUUCUUCGUGUCAUGUGGGUUUUCGCGGUUCUCUGCAUGUGCCAUGUAGUCUGGUCAUGUUACGACAGAUACACAUGUGCACACUGUGCAGCCCAAAGGGGGGAGUUUGGGCUGUUUUUUGGUGCUCUCAUGUACCACUUCAAAAACAUCAGCAGGCCGCCGCCCUGUCUGCUGUGAGCCUGGCAGAGAUGCUGCCACACAGCUGGAGCUGAUGUGUAAACAGUAGACUGUGGGUGUGCGGUCAGGGUUCGUGUCUGUCACGUCCCAGCGAUUGAAGUUUAUCUUCAUAUGACACAUUUUACUGCUUUCACUGCCUCAUUGUGUUUGUCAUUGGUGUCUGGUUAAAUCAGCAAUGUGAGAAAAUAGAAUCAGAGGUUUCCAGGGCUCGCGCUGACGUGUUCAGAUUGUUUGUUUUGUCUGACCGACCCUCCGCACCCAACAUUUCCCUAACUUAGAAGAAAGGCAGAAACCAGACAAUAUUAAGCUUUUGAGAGGCGGGAGCUAGUUCAGUCUGCUGAAAUCCCCCCCAAGAAAUGAUCAGCCAUUAAACUAAUCCCUGAUUAUGUUUGGUUUAAGAAACAAUUUUCCAGAUAUGGGGCCAUCAGAUGUCAAAGUGUUUGCUGUAUUUCAGGCUUCAGAUUGUUUUCAAAUUAAAAGAAAACCCCAGAGUGUCGAAUCCAUCAUGAGAUAAUGUCAGUCCCAGUAUCAGCCACAAGCCUAGCUCCAUUAAGUAUCCAGAUUCUCAUUUUCAAAACCUGAGUUUUUAUAACGAGAGAAAGGAAAUGAUAAGAUUAUACUGACAGGAGUGACAUUAUCUUUUUCUGCUGUUUGAUUUUCUGUGUGUAAAAGAAAAGGAAGCCUGGUUUUUCUUUGUCAGCAACACAAAUUUUAAUACAAGGAUUAAUUCAAACUACUCUGCUGAGACAGGGCAGCCUGGCUUCUUAUGGACCUGCAGAGGUCAGCUGAUUGCAGACACAGCUACGGGUUGCUUGACAGAUCAUAACAAAGAUGGCAGCAUCUUUCUAGCUCUGUCAGAGACAGCUGCUAAAAUCAAGACUUUCAGAUGGAGGCUGAAAUAAUGUCUUUUGAUCUGAAAGUCAUGUUAGACUUGUAAGGGAGUAUCAGAAAGGGAGUAAAGAUUUAAAAAAAUACAUAAUACCCUCUUCUUUAAUGUUCAUUGUGGCAUUUUUUGACUGUUAGUUGGACUAAAACAAGCAAGUUUCUGAGUAUCCAAGGACUUUAUCAGCUUUGAAUAUCACUGUUAUGUAACAUUUAUGGAUUAAAAGAAACCAUUACAUGAUCAGAAAGCAUUUAUGGCAGAUAUAUAUGUCCAUUUUCUAUCUAUCAUAUCAGCUUCUCCAAGUAGACAGAGCUGUUGAACUGCAAGAGUUUGGAAAUCUGUUGCAUCUCACCCUGCAGGGGUCACAUUUUUGUCAAACAACAUCACAAAUAAAGCGUCUCGACUGUCAGGUAUAUCAGUGUUUUCUUACACGCCUGCAGCAGACUGUUUGACAUUCUCAUUUUGACACUUGUGCGCUGACUUCAGAGUCUUAUCAGCUGGUUCACCUUGAGUAUCAGUGGAUAUCUGGAGAAAUAAAUUAGAUAUUUCUGAUUUGAGGUAAGCAGGUAGUGACUCAUAGGCUUUCAGCUUUCCUCCAUUAAUAACAUGAUGAAUAUUUCUGCAGCAGAGACGUGAGCUUAUCCAGAGUCAUCUUUGAACCUGACACAUCUAUGAGCGAGUGUGUUAGAGAGCGAGAAGAUGAGUCGGAGACGAGUAAGGCAGCAGGUGUUCUUUUGCAACAUACUAAUGCACUCAAUCUCCUUUUCCUGGAGUCUCCAAACCCCACCUCUGUCUCCAUCACUCUGCUUAGCAAGUGUUGUCAUAGCAACAGUCACCAGUGCUCCAUCCCAGUGGCAUUAGCUGUUUUCAGCUGCCCAGUCUACCAUGAAGUGUAUUAAGAGGAAUCAUCCAGGCCUAACCCCGAGGUAGAUUAGGUGGUCUUGAGACAUGCAAGGAGACUUGGUCACGGCUGGUUUAGGGUUCUCCUUACACAGCUCACAGACUGAGGGUUCGUUUAGUUCAGGGGCUAAUGUGGGGGAUUUUUGUUCCUGCUUCUGUCUGUUAAUCUCUUAACUUAACAUUUCUUUUUUUUGUAGCUGAUUUUUUAAAUAUAUGUCUGUCACACUUUUGGAGUUCAGAUCAUCCUUUAAAGAUAAUUAAGACGUUAUUUUUCUCCAAUUAAGAAAUGAAAACAGAAGAGGGUUUAAGAGACUGAACAUGUGUCUGUUUUCAAAAUUUGAAAUCAUGGCGAUGAAAACAAAGCAAAUAGUGUUAUCAGUGUUGAUCAUGUAAGUAAUACUGUUGUUUAUAUUUCCAUUUAUUUCUCAAUUUUCUUUAUUUCCUGACUUUUUAAGCUGUUACAACAAGUGAAUUCCCCAAUACAAGAUCAAUAAAGUUAAUCUGAUCCAAUCUAUUCUCACACAUCAGAGAGAAACACUCUUAGGCCCUCUUUACUCACACAUCUAUACUUCCAUUUUUUAUUUAGAGGUUGGAGAACAGUAAUCAUUUGUAAACAACAAUUAAUUCUGUAACAUGGAAGCAAAAAUUGAUUUAUUUUUCCUGAUUUGUUUUUGAAGGUAGCCUCCUGAAACAGCUGUUUUAUUGUUUUUAGCCACAAGCCCUGAGAUAUUGAACGUUUAAUGAUAUGUACCACAGCAGGUGAAUGAUGAAUCGAUUUGUUGUUUGUCUUUGCUGGGGGAAUGAAAGAAGUUAAAACAGAUCAUCCAGAACCGUGAUGGGCAGCACUUUCCCACUGCUGGCUUUCUAACCUUAAGAUUGUCAUUUAUUAUUUAUAAACUGAGAUCGAUUUUGGUUGAAAACAAUGAUAGAGGGAAAGACCUCGGUUUGAUUUCUUCUACCUGUCGAAGCUAAACUGUGUUUGUAUUUGUUUUGUGUUUGUGUUUGCAGCUCAUGUUGAGAAUGAGGAGCAGUACACUCAAGCCUUGGAGAAAUUUGGAGAAAACUGUGUAUACAGAGAUGAUCCUGAUCUGGGAUCAGCUUUCCUCAAGUUCUCAGUCUUCACCAAGGAGCUCACAGCGCUCUUCAAAAACCUGGUGAGUCUACACUGUGCGUGUAAAAGUGUGUAUUUAUAGUUCGCAAAAGGAAGGGGAGGUAAAAAGAGAGGACAAACUCAAAUUUUCAUCCUGUCCUAAAUAGUCUGAAUCCCCUGGAGUCUCUGUGUGUGUCCAUUAAGCUCCAGGAGCCUUCAGGAGGUACAUCUAGUUUUCCACCGAGACGCCCAAAGGGGCCACUGAAACACCAAAUAUCUGCAGGAUCCCAUUCAAGCUUAUCCUGCUCAGGUUUUGUAACCAGGCCAAAGCUUUAUUGGAAAAAUCUGACACCAUCCUGUGUGGUCCGUCCCUGUGCCUAGACACUGUAUCAACUCACACCGAGACCAGUAGCUGGAGAUUUCGUAUUAGUGUUAUCUCAACACCUUUUAUUAAAGUAAUAUGAGCUGCUUUCUGAGCUGGAUGUGAAGAUGUAAUCUCUCAAAAGCUCUCUGGAUAAGACACAGUAUUACAAACCAAGCUUGGCCUCUUCAGCAGGGCAGUUACUUACCUCAUAAUGGAUGGUUUUACUUUAUUUGACUGACAUGAUCUGCUAAAAAGUCAUUAUUAAAAGGUGGAACAUAUGGUGUUGCAGGUGAAAACCAGCAGAUUUAAGAGACUUAAAACAAAGUAAAAUUUUUCUAGGUUUAUCUGGUUUAUCUUUUUCAGUCCAGUCACUACAAUUACAGAAAACUCUUAAGUGCCACUCUUUUCAGGGUGGACUGCACACACCCAAAAAAAACACACACAAACACUAAAAAAGAGUUAUGUCUCAGUGGCGUCGGUCUGCUUCAAAUCUUUCACUGUUACCUUUCAACUCAUAUCUGUUUCUGUCCUCACCCUCCUCUAGUUCCAAAACAUGAACAACAUCAUCACGUUUCCGCUGGACAGCCUGCUGAAAGGAGACCUGAAGGGAGUCAAAGGGGUAAGACAUCGAAUCAGUGUGAUCUCAUGUUACUCUGCGACUGAACAGGAAAUGUAAUGCAAGGAGAUAAAAAGAGUUUUGCACUCGGCUUAAUCACUGGAGAAAGAGCAAUCCAAGCUAUCCAAUGGAAUAGUUUUAUUUUACUGAUCAUGAACAAAGAAAUUGCAUAAGGUGUACGUGAAAUAAUGCAACAGGGCGCAUUAUGAGAGUAUGAGUAAGUGUGAGUUAAAAGCCAUGGUUUUAAUGGGGCAGUAGGAUUGAACCAUUGAAACAACAGUCACAUGAAUAUUUGUGAGGUGAUGCUAGACAGUGUCUUUUACCUCUCAAACCCACAGAACAGCCGGAUGACAUAUUUUAACAUCAAAAUAGUUUGACAGCUCAACCAUGUGACUGAUUAGAAGAGAGGGAAUUAACUCAGAGUCAUAGCUGUGAACUAAGAAAGACAUGCGUAUUCGAUUUUUUUUCAAAUAGUUUUUGAAAUGAAGUAAAAUCUAUGAUAAUGGAAAAAUUAAAUCAACUGACAUCAUAGAGCAGGAGAGAGUUUGUGCAACAAAUAUAUAUAAGGUUUGCAAGAUGUGCAUCAUGAAAAUAAAAUAAAGCGUAAAUAAGACAAAAAUAAAGGAGAGACCAAUGCUAAAUUAGCUUUACAGUGGAAAAAAAUGUAUAAAUCGCAAUAUAUUGUAUGGCACUACUCACUUUAUCACAAAAUGUUAAAAAUCACAAUAAUAUCGUAUUGCGGCCCGAGUGUCGUGAAAAUAUCGUAUCGUAUCGUGGGGCCACUAGUGAUUCCCACCCCUAGUAUUCGUCUGUAUAUGAUACUGAGCAAUAAUUUACCAAAAAUAUCAACUAGUUUAGUGAAUAUCAGCCCUAAGGUCCUUACACACCGGGAAUGUCGCAAAUAUAUACGACGCGAAAUUACAAAAUAUUUGGAGGCGAAUUUUGACGCGCCUGACUAUACACAUCAAGCACGAUGUGAUUUUGCAACUUUCCGGGGGGAAAAAAGACACGUCUCGGGUGGAAGCGAGAAGACUGACACAACAGCAGACUGAGUGUUUUUCAGUUCUGAUUAGACACUAGUGUUGAGAUGUCUGUCUGUCAUGAUAGCAUGUACUGAGUCGGGGCCAGUACCUGAUAAGCACAUUAAACUAUAAUCCAUAAACGUAAGGUAACAACCGAGACCUAAUGGUGCUGUGACAGCAACGUGAUUGAGUUUGAGACAGUGAAAAUACAUAUAGUAUGUUGUAUCUGAACAGGUUAGCUAAGAGCUAAAGUUACUUAGCACAGAUAAAAGUUAAAACAAAGACGUUGAGCAAACUCUUAAAGCACACAAACCAUCGUCAUAUCAGAAAUCCGACGCUAUGAUCCUCCACAAGUUGUCCUUCAGCUCGUUAUCUUUGUAAUAUUUUUGUGUCUUUUAUUAAAAAGCACUCUGUUCUCCGACACGUAAACAAUCAGCCGGUCAGCCAUGUCAGAUAUACCAUUGAAUCUGAUGUCGCAACAACACGAAAUCUGAUUGGUCAGAAGUGGACACACAGUAUGCGAAACUUUAGAAAAAUCGACCGUGAUACGAAAAAAUAAAUGCCGCAAUAUCGCAGGACGGGAAAACGUCACUUAUGUGAACGCUUGUAUUGACAGGAUACGGGUUCAAAGAAAAAUAUUGACGUCUGAAAUAAUCGCACGAAAAACACGUUCCUGGUGUGAAAGGACCUGUAAGCAGAAUCACUGCUUCACAUUGCAGCUAACAGCAGCUGGACAAAUUGACUCAUAAAGGGAAAAGAAUUGAGUCCAAAAAGCCAAACAGGUUCAUUCAAGUCCCAUGUCUGCAAAAAGGAUUGACUUUUAGACUUUGUGAAGGUGUUUGUUAUGUGCAAAAAUGUCUUUUUUCUUUCCAUGCAAUGAGUCUGCAUGAAUAUGUGCAGAUAGAUUUCUUGCUUACACAUUGACUUUAACUUGAACUCUCAAACAUUGGACCAAUACAGAAAAGCUUGGUGGUGCAUCAGCCUGUCAUUAAGAGGACUGAUGUUUGAAGCUUUGAAGCUUUUUUUGGCACGAUAAGAAGGAAGCCUCAGAGUCAUCCACCCAUCUUUACUUCCAACUUUCUUUGCUACCAGGUUCUGCACAGAGAGAAAGUAGACUAAGAUCAGAGUCGUACCAGGACCUUUUGAGUUACAUAAGUAAACAAAACAACAGUUUCAAACCAGACAUCAGUGUGUGAUCAUUUUCAAUACUUGAUGCUUCAGACACAUUUCUGUUUGCACCUAAAAGGUAUAACAGUUCAAUAAACAGCCCUAUCCUGCACACUAAUGCAACCCAUUAGUGAGUCGGCUAGCCAGUCAUGUGGUCGCACAUAAACAGACUAAACCCAGACGGACUCUCGUUAGCAGGCCCUGCAGCUCUCUAAUGGAAUCAGCACUCGUCACUGUCCGCGAACCUUCAAGACCUUUCGCCCUGCAGACACAUGAUUGGCUGCUGUUUCCACAUCGGCGUGAUGCGAUUAAGGCCGCUCUGGUUGCCAUUGAAACGCUGGUUGUCCCCAUGACCCUCAGCCCCCUUGGCUCAGUCCUAACCUUUGACCUGUUUGUCCUCAAGCUUAUUUCUGUCACUCUAAGUGAAGUGAUUUCUAUUCAGCCUGCCUGCUUUUCUCCUCCUUUAUUCCCUCUGUUGCUCUCUCUCAUAACUCCACUCCUUAUCUUUUAUUAUCUGUUUCUCCCCCUUUUCCCUCCCCUCCUCCUGUCUCCUUCACCCUGUCCUCAUCACUUCGCCCCCUCGCUCUCCAGUCUGGCUUUUUCUGCCAGUCACAUCUGUUAUGCUCCCAUUUAUUGCUCAUUAGCUUUCUGAUGAUUCUCAUUACCCGAAUGACAUGGGGCUAAUGAGCUGCCGGGUGUUUUAUACCUCUGGACACUCUCACAUUUACACACUCUCUCACUCACAUAAAUGUCACCACUGCUGUAAUGUCAGAGAUUAAGACUUAAUGAAGAAUGGAUGAAAGAAAGUAGGGCAGGAGUCGCCCAGAAAUGUCUUUUUCUAUGGUUACACCUACCAAGUGACCUGUUGCUCACCUCCUAAGCCCUAGGCAGUUCCCACUCUCCCACAUCUUCUUCCUCCUCCUUCUCCUCCUCUGUCAUUAUUCUGCUUCUACUCUCCUAGGGGAAAAACCUGUUAGUUAGGAUAGGGAAUAAGAAUGAAGAAGUCCAGACCUGCACGACAGUCUUCAGGGAGUAAGAUAACAUGAUAGGUGGAUGUAGAUGUCAGAAAAGAGGAAGAGUGGUGGAUCUGGGAAACCAAACAGGUUAAUUAGCUUGAUCCAUUCACAAGAAUUAAAUAUGACAACAUGUUGAUGGUUUGUUCUGGGUUUUAAAGUUAGAUAUGGCAAAAAAAAGCGGAAAAAUCUCAUUUAGUUUGAAGCUACCCUAAUAAAAACCAUUUAAGAUUUCUUAUCUGCACUUAAAGCUUCUUUGAAAAGUUGGGUUUUCAAAGUCCCCGCCUCCUCUGUGGACAAAGUUGAACCUUUUAUUUGUUACAUUUGAAAGUCAAUUUCUCAAACCAAUUUCCUAGUGUAUUAGUCCAACAGUUAUAAUACACCGCUCCUUUUGAAUUCUUGCCAUGGGAAAUUUAGAAAGGCCGUUUCAGUUUAUAAACUUAACUGAAAUCUAACUCUGCCAGUAGUUUAAGGUAACAGAAAUAUUACUUUUUUAUGUGUUGAUCAUAAAGAAGCAUCAACAUCAUUUUAACUCUGUUUUAGCAAACACCUCACAGGAGCUUUAAAUGCAUCAUGCAUUUGUAGAUCAUAGGCUACAAAGGGUCCCUAGAUCGUAAAAAAACAAGUUUAUCUCAAGUAAUUUGAACUUGUGAUAAAGGUAAAAUCUCAGCAAACAAGCAAACCUCAGUUUUGAUAUUUUGCUCCAUCAUAUCUAGAACCUCCCCCCAGGAACUUUUGACUACCUUACACUCCAAUAGGCAGUGAGAGAUCUUCCUCCAGCAUUGUUAAAAGGCAUAAAACUUGGUUCUUGUAUCCUCCAAUGCAUAAAAAGCACAAUCUGAAGCCCUAAAACGCUCUUCAAUUAUUGCAACAGUGUGGCAGCUAUAAUGGCCACCAGUUAUUUCGUUUGAUUUAACUCGGCUCUUAAUGGCUCUCUGGCUGCGGUUCUUCCCUCUCAGAGAUUGUUAAUAUUCAGCCAGUGCUGUCUUUGGCAAUGAGUGUAUAUGGAUGAACUUCCCCUAAGGGAGGCAGUUGCUAAUGGCUGUGUAAUUAGAGGGCUACAACCUAGCAACCUGUCACUGUUGUUACUCAGCCUAAAACGAAGAUUUUCCACCUCAUAUACCUCCUUGAACAUCUCCAUUAAGAAGGCAAAUUGUAAUAUCAUGUUUUCCAGUAAGAAAGAAGGUUUUAUUUUAUCUGUGUUUGGGGAAAAUACUGGCAAACUGUUCCUCUAAAAUAUUCUAAACUCAGGAUACAGCUCUGUUGCUCUCACUGCAGUACAAGCAAAAAGAAUCUGGGGUGAGGUCCCUAGAGAGGACUCACUAGUGUUUUCACUGAAGAUAAACAAGCAGACACUCUCCAUUCAGUGGAAAAAGGAAAGUGCUGAGACAACAACACGUUCUGCUCACAGGCAACUUUCUGAGUGGACGCCUGGAUGAUGUCAUGCCUGCAGCCGACCCUCUUAUCCUCUGUUUAUCGACCGGUCUGUUUGUUUAACCCCCCCUGUGAGUCAUAUCAGCUCAUCACUAUUCUGUUACAGUGUCCGGACAGUGGCUGCAGAAGCGUCAGUGUUUUUAUAAGUGAGGAGUUGAAGCAGAGAGAGGUCUGUGGUCCAGCUGAACCCACUCUCAUUGUGAUUCAUUGAGUCAUGAACAGCCGAACCGCCCUUGCAUGCUCACUGUUUGAGAUUUAAGAUAAGAGCAGACUGCAAAUUACUUCUUUGGUUGGUUUUACCCUUACUCUUAGUAUGGCCAAAGUGAAUGGACUUUUGUUUGUGGUCUGAAAAAUGAAGUUUGUUGGACAAAGACAAUCUUCACAAGCAUUUACUACCAUUCAUGAAUAUCUUUACAACAAUCAGUCCCAUUUUUGGUUGGCAUGCUGAAAAUAAUCAGUGUCUAGAUUUCAAUUUUUCACACUAUAAACUGUACCAACAACCGGUCUCUGCUGGGAUUGGAAUGUCCAUGCUAAUCCGCACUGCGCCCACCCCCUGUGCCUGUUCCUUAAGGGAGGUUAGCCUGCAAGGUGGCCUCUUAUCAACCUCAUGGUGAGCCCAGCCACCAGAAACAUCCCCUAGGUCUGAUAUUACUCUGCAGGUUCACACUGACAAACUUCUGUACUGGACAGCUGUGUUGAGGGGGAAGCUGAGCCUGAAGGCAAAGCUUUCAUUUUAUGUUCCAACCUUCACCUAUACUCAUGAGCUUUGGGUAGCAACCAAAGCCAGUGAGUCACAAGCGGCUGAAAUGUGUUUCCUCUGAAGGAUGUCUGGGCUCAGCCUUAGAGUUAGGGUCAGGGGCUUGGAGUGGAGCCAUCACGACUUUGCAAAGGAGCCAGUUGAGGCGGUUUGGGGCAUCGGAUAAAGAUCCCCCUUGGGCACCUUCCUUUGGAGUUCUUCUGGGCAUGUUCAGCUGGGAGGAGACUCAGGGAAAGACCCAAAGCAAGCGGGAAUGGGCUCUAUGCACCAGUUCACUUCUUCCUGAACUUAAGGCUUCUGCUUUAUUUCCUGUCUUACAUUAUUGGACAAACUGAUUAAUCCAGGUGUGUCUGAGCAGUCACAAUGAUCAGUCACACCUUAAUUAAUCAUAAUGUAAUACAGGAAAUAAAGGAGCUGCCUUAAGUUCAGGAAGUUGUAUAUUGUAUAUCUUAUGUGUGUUGCUGGAGAGAGAGAUGAGUUACCCAGCCUGAGCCUGCUCAAUAGAGGAAAAAAAUGCACAGUUACUGUAUUGAUUUCUCUACCCGUAGUUUAAAGAUGUUUGUGACACACUCUGCGAUCAUAGGCCAUCUGGCGAAAAAAUCAUGACAAAUGCAUAAUUUAAUGAUACAAGUUCUGUUCCGGUAUGACAGGGACAAAAUCUCGACGAAGAACAUUUUGUUUUCUCUUCUAAAUGCAGAGCUAUGGAAAGAGUAGCAUCUGAAAACUACAUUUAAAAAAAAAAAAUACCUACAGGCCACAUACCUCAGGAGUAGAAAUGUACACCAGAGUCCAGCCAAACUCUUCUUUCGCUGUAGCUGACCUGCUUGUGUAUUCACUACCGGGGUGUGAGAAAGGUGUGAGGAAUGUGAAUCAGGGAGCUCCAUUCCUGGGCUUGUGCUGCUGCAGGUAGUAGGUGGUUGUAAGUUUGAAAAGGAGGCUCUUUCAAGGUGAUGACAUUCCUCCUCUGUCCUCUGCACUGCUCUCUCUGGUGCUGCUCUCUCUGGGAGUGUUUGCCCCGGUCUUUGGCUUAUUCUGGCCUGCCUGCCCCUGCCCGGCGAUGCCUGUAUCUGGUAUUUUUAGCCAUUGUUACCAUUUCUCUCCUCAUUCUGGCUCUGACAUUUCCUUCCGCUAACCCUCUCUUUUUCUCUCUGGCUCUCUCUUGACCCUGCAGCUUGUUUCCUCCUUUUGCAUCGGCUUAUUUAGGCUCAUUUUUCCACUUUGAUUUUGGGCUUCUUUUGUAGUUUUAUAGUCUUUUAUAUCCCUUUUCCUCUGGUGGUUCCUGCCCUCAAACUAGUCGACUGCAUGUCUGAGUGCUCUUUGGCUCAGCCCAGUGAACCAGACUGUGGUCCAUUUGGCUGACAGGUUAAGUCUGCGGCUGAGUUAGAGGUCAAUACUGGGAUUACUGUCCUCAAUGCAGCUGUAAAAUUACAAUGUAGACAUAAACUUUCUGCCCAGCUGAGCAGAAUUAUGUGCAUUUUAUAAUGGACUAAAAUGCUUAUUAAUGCUUGCUGCUUAAAGUUAAUGCUUUGUAAAAGUUUAGGUUUUUUUUGGCUGAAAACUUCUGUUUCACAGGUGCUUACUGUGGUUUUUGGUUCUUGUCACAAAGUCAAAUACGACCUGCUUCUCUUGAUAUUAUCCUUGAAACGUCUUGGCUUCACUGUCAGGUAGAAUUUUGGGAAUGGCAUAUCCAAUUGAAACCUCUGAAAUUAGCCUUUGAUUGAUUUAAUCACUGUUUAAUCACCUCAGCGUUAGUGUUUAAUCAAGCAGCUGUUGAAAGCAGUUUGGUGACAUUUAGAAAUCAGAGUAGCAUCUUAGCAGGUGAAAAUCAACCCCAAAGUGCUUCUACUUCUCCAAAAAAAAAACCUCCACAGUAACCCCACUCAGCUCCCUGCUGAGACAGAAGACUCCUCUGCAUCUGUCAGGAAAAUGAUUCAGCUGAAUGGUUCGCAGCGUGAUAAAAAACAAACACACACACAAGUAACUUCACUUUUGAGGAGUAUUUCUAAAAUUGUGACAUCUUUGUGACUCAUUCAAAGUUCGUCUUUACAGCCUUAGUAACCGCAUCUCAUAUCUUCAAUUUCUCUCUAUUUCACUCACUUGGAUUUGACUUGUGUUGAUGUACGGGUUAGAUUACGGUACUUUGCUGCUUAAUAGAUCUAUUUACAUCUCAAGCACAGUCAUAGUAGUUGUUAGAGGAUUUAUCUUGCGGUAAGUUAUUACUGCAUGAAGGUACAGCCAGCAGUCAGUUAGUUUAGGUUGGCCCAGAGACAUGAAGAAGGAGAAAAACCUCUCAACAGGAUCCAUCCAAUGUAGCCAAAAUCAUCCAAACAGCAACUGUGAAGCUCACUGGUGCAUCGCAAAAUCUCUCAUCAAACAACCAUUGAAAGUUUUUAAACAAGAAAGUUUUGCACACGUCUAAUAAAGAAGACAGGAUUUAACAGUCAGGGUGCUGUUAUUGGCAAAAUGAGGCUAGCUACUUCUGUUCGUAAUAGUAAGCAAAAUAAAUCUGCUGUUUAAAAGCUCCUGUGAGAAAUUUAAAUGAGUUUUGAAACAGGUUUGAAAUGAAUGCUGACAGUUCAAUACCAAGAAACAGAAGCAAAUAAGACUGAUGGUUUCUGUAUAGUUGUUUUUAGCCGCUGUUAGGUAGGCAGCUGCCAAAACAAACUCUACUUUUAGUUUUUACAGUUAAGUCUCCAUGUAAUAGACGGCAUGUUCACACAACAAACCCAGCAAAGAGAUAAGAGGCAUUUUUGAGCCAAUAGGGGGCGCCAAAAUCCAUGUAAAUAGAGAGUUCCUCACAAGAGCUUUACACCAGCUCCAGAUGGACUUAUAGACCCGAGAUUUCCUCAUCAAAGUCUAUGCAAGGGAAUAAGAGUAACCCCAUAAUAUCAGCUGAUGUAAAACAAGUCACUACUUUUCUGAGCUAGAGGUGGACACCCAAGUACCCCAAAAAAUUCAAUCUACAAUAUUUUAAAACUGAAAAUAAAUAAGAUUACGAUGCUUAAACCCGCAAUUUUUGUCUCGAUGAAUAAGCUCAACAUGGCUGAUCAUUCAAAUCAUUGGGAGACAAAAUUCAUUGUCAGUCUUGACAUAGUAGUUGAUGAAUCAGUGUUGACAGGAAUUUCGUUAUGUAUUUAUGUGUCUUUGUUUUGUCUUCACAGGAUCUGAAAAAGCCCUUCGACAAAGCCUGGAAGGACUACGAAACAAAAGUGUAAGACAUCUGUUAUGUCUUUUCAAAAAGUAUCAAAACAUUUCACACAAAUAAAAUCCGACAUUUAUUUAAUCGUUAGUUAAUUGAAUACGACAUUAAGGCAUGCUUAUCCAUUGCUUAAAUCUUUGUGAUUAGUUGUUUGAUCAGAUUUUGAGGGAUGUGAAGUCGUAACUGUGAAUUUACACGUUUGAUUUGAAUGUGUAGUUUGUGUUUCUGCCCGUCUUCACUAACCCUUCUUCCUCCACUAACUCUCCUCCUCCUCUCCUCUUUGAUUAUCAGUUAACACAUCCUUGAUAAUGUGAAUAACCCACACUCACCAUCACCUCCACAUUGUGACUUUGCAUGUGUGAACACAUGACUUUUUAUAGCACUUUCAUAUAUUUUACAAGCUGCAAAGGACAUUCUUUACUGAAAGGGUAACAUUCUCUCCUCUCCAAACCAUUUCAAUCUGACAGUAUGGGCUUUGUACUGUCAUCGAGGCUUCAGCUGGAUGCUCUGUGACUGUCUCUGACUCUAUUGAUAGCAAACACGAAGCCAUCAAUAGAGUUUCAUUUUCUACCUGAUUGGAAAACCACCAAAACACUUUGACAUCUCGUCCUCCUUUUGUUCUCGCUGAUGUCUGUAUUUUUAUUAAAUGAUAAGCCUGAGAGACACAGAGAGAUUGAUUAUUUGAACCAUUGCUUUAUGAUGUUUUCAUCUGGUUUGUUAGUGAUCUGCAUCCAAAACCCAAAUUUGAUGUUUUUUUGUCUUUAGGUUGAUUUCACUUUCAACCCUGAUAACUCAGGAGGUUUUAAUCUCAAAUAUGAUUAAAUCAGACAACUUCUCCACGUUUAAAUGCUUUGUUUAUUGGGUAAAAAAAAAAUCUAAAGUACAAUGUCUUUGUCUAAGUUUUCUGACUUUCUGAACUAGCAGGAGUGAAAGUGAAUAAAUCCUCUGCUCGGUCGUCAGACAAACCUCUGUCAGUUUGGCUGUCGGCCAAACAGCCUGGCUAACAUGUGUCUCUCUAUUAGACUCAGUCCUGAUAAAGCUGUAACACUGUCAGGGCUGAAGAUUCAUGUGCUGACAAAGGCCAGCAGUGUAUUCUCAAUUACAUUUGAUCUGGUUUAUUCACAUUGGAAAACAGGCCAGCUUACUACAAACACUGAACAGACUUUUUAUUGUCUCUUUAUUUGUUACUUUGGUCGAAAACAAACAAGAUGGGCAACAGAUCACGGCUGAUGUUGAUGUAAUUUUUACCUAAAAACAAAAAAGCCAAAUCAAGCCCAACACCAUCUGUGUAAGAUGCUGUAUUACCCUGCAUUACACUAUGAUGGGAUAAUGACAAAUAAUGACACAGUUGAUUUAGCUGCAGUUUAAAAUGUGAAGUCAUUAAAGAGACGUAAAUACAAGAUCAAUAAGUGUAAAGGGUUGUCCUUGAGGAGGUGAAAGUUAAUGAUUCAUGAUACAAAACACUGCAGUUGAGAGGACAUGUAAAUGGAAAAGUUUGAUAUUUUUAUCCUGAAAAAUACAAAAAUAGUUAAAUAAAAAAUUUCGACAGCUUAGCACUAAUGUAUAGCUGUUAAAUAGGGUGCUACAAUCAUCCAAAAAAAUGAAAAAAUUGCAAGAAAGAGUAUCCCUCAGUUUGCCAAAGUACCUGUGAUACACUUACUCUGAGCCUAGCGUCAGGUAAAACAGACUUAAGAGAAACAUGAGUGAGUAAAAUUUUGUCUUGAUGCACAUGAACUAGGCGUGCGCAGCUACUUGACAUCAACUCAUCUCCCCUCUAAGGAAACAAAGUGCUGCAUCCUUUUUGUCAGAGAUAUGCUGUCAGAUAAUAACAGCAUAUGGGGAAGAAUGCCCCCAGUUGCAUGGAUUGGUGCCCCCCUGUGUGUUUGUUGUGUUUUCCUGAUUGCCUGUGUGAGAUACUGAAUGCUGAGAUGAUGGUCUUUGUCUAAAAUCAGCCCUGAACAUUGACUGUCAGGCAGGUUGGCGUGUGAAGAUUGAUCCACACUUUGAACCACUGAUCACAUUUGUUCAUGCUCUUGUAGGUUUAUCUCCCCGGACUUUUUGAAGCAUUAAACACGUCUAAUCUCAAUGAUUUUACAUAACUUUAUUUACACAUUACAAAAUACCUGUUGCACCUCAGUUUAAUAAUACAAGCACGGAAAAGCUGACUGCGUACAAUCAUUCAAUGUGAUGGGAAAUUGCUAAAGCUAAAAUAAGGUUUACUCUUAAUCAAUUGCUUGAGAGAAUCAAAAAGUACCCAUACUUAUGAUUAAAAAAAAUACAGAAUUAAAGUCUUUUUUUUUUCAACCUCAAAGCUCCCACUGACUCCUGCAUAAAGAUUAAUGUUACACAAUGUCCUAAGUAAGAAAAUAAAUAAUAAAAAUCAAUCACACAGGAAGCAAACUUUGGCAGUUAUACAUGUCAAUACACACUUCUUCAGGAUUCCUGAGGAUUUUAUAUAUUUUGCCUUUUAUUGCUGGUGGUAUUUUGUCAAACGUUGGCCUGUAGACAGUGUUCUGGGAUAUCUUCUUGACCAGCACUGUGUGCAGGUUGAAAAUCAAAAACAGACAAAAUAUCUAAAAUAUCUUAUUUUAAGUGUUAAGGAGCUCAUUUUUGUUUCUGUGCCUCUAAAACAGGUAUCAGUAUCAUUUGAUCUGUCCUGAUAUCACAUCUAUAUUUGAGAUUCGGUAACUGCGAUAACUUUUGGUCCGAACUUUUUCUCAAAACGCCACUAUUGAAAAGGCUAGUAGCGUUCAACUACUUACUUAAUUGUUUAUCUGUUUUAAAGAGAAAAAAAAAACCUUUACUCGUAGCAGCUUACAAAGCCAGACUGAUUUAAUAUGUAGGCUGAUGUCACCUGUCUAAUUUAUUCUGCUUUAUUAACUAUCAUCAGUUAGAUAGGUCACACCUUUAUCUGCAGGACAGUAAAUGGGCUGAUUUUACACAAAACCACACUUUUGUAGUUUGUUUAUGCUGCUGUAAUGGAUGUGCUGCAUGCUCUUUGACCCCUGUGAUGUCACUUCCUGGCAGGACCAAGAUAGAGAAGGAGAAGAAGGAGCACGCAAGGCAGCAUGGGAUGAUCAGGACUGAAAUCAGCGGGGCUGAAAUCGCUGAGGAGAUGGAGAAGGAGAGGAGGUUCUUCCAGCUGCAGAUGUGUGAGGUAAGACUGUCCUGUGAUUGAUACUCGUGUCACAGUUUAUUCAAAUUUUCACUGAAGUUAUUCAAAUCUAGCAGGUAAAGGAGAUGUUCAAACUCAGAACAACCAAUUUACUAAAGAGGCUUGUUCUCAGAAGAUGUCAACCCUUACCUUGAAGUGUCACGAUUGAAGAGAUGAAAGAAAUGCUGGUGUUUGAGCUCAGGUUGCCUCCACUUCUGACUGAACUCAGCCUCACCCCGCCUGAAUUAAUCACACUUCAUUGUGUUUACAGUAUCUCCUCAAAGUCAAUGAGAUCAAAAUCAAGAAGGGGGUGGACCUGCUGCAGAACCUUAUCAAGUACUUCCACGCACAGUGCAAGUAAGAGACACAACAUGAACACAGUUAAACUGCUUUGAUAAAGAUGGUGAAUUGAUGAAUUUAAAGUAAACUUUUUUUUAAAAUGACUGUUGCUUAUAAUGUAUUACAGGUUUUUAAUAGUUGAGUUAAAUCAUAUUUGGACUUCAUGUAAAACAUUUAACUCACUUUGCAUUUGAGAUCAGAUCCGGUUCGUAGUAUUUCCGUGAAGCUAGUGUACUCCUGCUGAGUUUAAGACGUCUUGUUCUUCUUCAGUUUUUUCCAGGAUGGUCUGAAAGCUGUGGACAACCUGAAACCUUCCAUCGAAAAACUGGCCACAGAUCUGCACACAGUGAGAAAACUUACUGCUCUAAAACUGAGUUUCCUACAUCAGACCCUGACAUUUCUAUAAUAUAUGCAUCAUAUGUCCUUCUUCUCUGCCAUUCUGCUCCUGUUUGUUCAUCACAGAUAAAGCAGGUGCAGGAUGAGGAGAGGAAACAGCUGACGCAGUUGAGAGAUGUCUUAAAAACAGCACUACAGGUGGAGCAGAAAGAGGUAACUCAAGCACACGGUUGACCACUCAAACAGAGCGCUGUUGAUGUAAAAGAAACUGUCAGUGAUUUGGAUGAAUUCUCAUAAAUCUCUCUUCACCACCUGAGUGAGUGGUUGUUAUUUUUGAUUGACCCCAGCCCACUCAGGAUACACUUUAAAAUAUGAAACUCACCUGAAGAUUGUCCUCUUUUUUUUCCUUUACUGCUUCCGUCUUUUGUGAAACAAGUCUAGGAGAGUAAGUAGACUGAUUAAAAACCUUUUUUUCUGUGGUUGUUAUAAUUUUAUUCCUAAAGUGUUGUUUAAGUUUCAGUAAAUAGAUUGUUUUCUCUUUCCAUUGCAGCAGAUAAUGUAUGUUUUGCCAUUUUCACAGCCUGGUUGCCUUUACUUUAAAUGUUUUCUUUUUCUAAUGAGAAAAGCUCCAGAUAGAGCUCGCAUCCCCGCUCCUCUGAGAUUACUGUGUGCUUCAUGUUAGCGUGUGUGUGUCUGCUGAUAACAGCAAACACCAAUAAAACCGUUUAAAGCCUGUAAACGCCUGCCUUCUGAAGUCCUCCUCCCUCUUCCUUGUUGUGUCUCCAGAAAGGAAAUAACAUAAAUAUACAAAAAAUUGAGUUUUAAACCAAGAGACAUUUUUCAUUUCAGUAACACUUACUUGAUGGUGCUAUGUAGUUCCAUUAUAACAGGGAACCUUUUUCCUUCCUGCUCUUAAUUGUGGAAGGGCUUUGAUUCUUCAUCACUAAUCUUUUCUUUGUGUUUUUUUUUUCCCUCUCAGGAAUCACAGGUGCGGCAGAGCACCACCUACAGUCUGCAUCAACCACAGGGUAACAAAGAGCACGGCACAGAGCGCAGCGGCUUUCUUUUCAAGAAAAGCGACGGGUGAGCUUUUCAGGAUGACUUAAUGAAUCAGUUGUGUAACUGUUGAUGAAAAAAAUCCUCUUUUACUUCACUCAGCAGUUUAAGUAGGUAUUUUUUAUCUUUGUUUAAGUCCUUGUCUUGAAAUAAAUGGAUUAAAAUACAUUUUUUCAUAACAGAUUAAAAAAAAAUAAGAAUUUAGAUUUUUUUUACUAGCUAAUUCUUGGAUUACUUUGUCAUUUGUACACAAUUUUUAUAUGUAAAACGUGAUCAAGUAAUGUAAAAGUCAGUCACAAUGUUUCAGAGGCCAGAGUAAGGUUAUUAGAUUUUUAAUUUUAGCAACCAUGAACCAUUAACCAUUGACUGGUGAAUUGAUCAUUAAAAGCUCCCAUAAGGACAUUUUCAGUUUGUAUAGAAUUUGGCGCCUCCUGUGGACAAAAGCAGUACUUUUAAUGUUGGCAUAGAUCUUGUCUAUAAUGUGUAUAAGUGAUGUUUUCUGAACAAAUUCUCAACCAGGGGUUGCUGAUGGAAAACAGUAUACCUCAGCUCCUUAAAUACAUAUUUUAAUUACAUAUGAACCCACAGCUCAGCCUGUGUCAUUAAAAAUGCAUGUGUUCUUUGUAAUAAUUUAAUUGCAUUGAAUAUUUUAUCAGCAGUGUAUGUUUUACGGCUAUGUACAUGACAUACUAACACCGUCUCCUGUCUGCACAGGUUGAGGAAAGUGUGGCAGAAGAGGAAGUGCACAGCGAAGAACGGAUACCUCACCAUCUCACACGGCACAGUCAGUGAACAACAGCACUUAAAUUACCUGCAAAAUACAGAAAUUAAAGCACACAUUAAACAAUAGAUCCAAGUCGUCUAGAUCACAAGCAAAUUUCAUUGAUGUUGUUGCUUUCUCACUCGUCUUUCCCUGGCAGGCUAACCGACCACCUGCUAAACUCAACUUGCUCACCUGCCAGGUGAAACACAACCCCGAGGAGAAGAGAAGCUUCGACCUCAUAUCCCGUAAGUCCCGCCCCCUCUAUCUUGUUGCCUUUUUUCUCUGUUUCAGUGGCUGCAUGUUGUACUCAAUUUCAAUAGCUCACUCAUCUAGACUCAGCGGGCUUCUAUUUGCUCUGCAGGAAUGUGGAUUUCAAAAGGCUUUUACACUGAGAGAGUAGCAGCAAGAUAGAGCAUAGUUUUAUAUAAAUAUAGUGCAUUCAACCAUUUUCAAUCCAGCAUUUAGUCUCAAUCCUGGUAAAAGGCAGAAAGAGUUCGAGUUGGAUUGACUGAUAUUUAUGUGCAUUUUUUCAUUUUUACUAUUUUAACAAACUUACUACAUUUUUCUGUUUCGAUGAGUUUUUGGAUGAUUUUUACAUCCAAACCACUUUAUUUAAGGUGAAUAAAAGCAUCUUUAAAGCUCUAUCUUCUGCAGACUUUACCAUCAAAUGCAUUUAAAGAAAUAUCUCAAAUCCAUAUUCCAGUCUAGGUUUUUUUUGUUGUUGUUUGUUUUGCCAAACUCUUAAAUUAUGCUACUGAACCACUUCUUGAGUGGUGUUAAGGGCAUUUAAACCUUUUUUUCAUCAGCUUGAUAGUCCAGAGAUGACACAAUAGAAUUUCGAAAUAAACAGUGAAAGAAGGGAAUUUUCUGCCACAAUAAUUUUGCUCUGAUUUAAGAAAGUUUUGGUCAUUUCUCCACAAAUAAGAGAUACUGGAACUGACAUUGAAAACUAAGUUAUUUUAGAUAGAUUGAGAUAAAAGUAAAUUCAGACUUCUUGGUUAUCUGUCAGUGAUUCAUGUUUUGAAGGUAGAUUUUUAAAAAAUACAGUUUUUGAAGCAGUGCAGCCUCAGUUUGACCUUCAGUAGCAAACUUUGAAUGCCCUUUGUGGAAAAAAAUAAAACUUUUUCCAUCAGAAAUUUAUUGAUGCACUCGUCUGUCCCUCCUUUUGUGAGUCAUUUUCUUCUUCUUUAUUUCAGACGACAGAACGUAUCACUUUCAAGCCGAGGAUGACCAGGACUGUCAGAUGUAAGUGUCUGUUUCUUCCCUUUCAAUGCCAGUUUCCAUCCUCACACCCAGUCAGACACCACACCUUGUUUUUACGUCUCCCUCUCACGAUACUCUUUUUAUGCCUUCUCCUCUCCUCCAGUUGGAUCUCAGUGUUGCAGAACAGUAAGGAGGAGGCGCUGAAUCAGGCCUUCAAGGGGGACCAGCAUGUCGGUGAGAACAACAUCGUGCAGGAGCUAACAAAAGCAAUCCUGGGAGAGGUGAAGAGGAUGACGGGGAACGACGUGUGCUGUGACUGCGGGGCGCCAAGUGAGUGACAAAGAGGGACGCUUUGUUUAUGAUUCACAGCACACAGUCUGAGUGAAUUAAUGCAGCCGGCAAGAAAAAGAUCACAUCAGUGGUUUGGCCUCAUUUAGCUUCAUCAACUGAAUGUUAGAGGAUGUCAUCUUGACAAAAAGACUGUUGGGAAAUCAAAUAUGCCUUAUUUAUCACAAGACUUUUCAAACAAUAAACAAGACUAUUGGCCACUUCAUCAUUAAAAAAUAGGAUAUAUGACCACUACUAUAGAAGACUGAUUUAUAUUGGAUUUCUUGAUUGUUAAAAUAUGUCCUUUCAGCGUUAUCUUUAGUCUCACUGUCUUGAAUCUCAGUUUCCUUUUGUUUUUAGAUGUUGUCCUUGGAGUUAAUUCAUCACAUGUAUCCGUCACACAGCUGUUGCAAAUUGUAGGAUGCUGUACCCACUUAACGCAGUAUGGCUCUGCAGCUGUGAUUUCAGAGAUUAUUCAAGUCUCCUAAUACAGGGAUGAGUUCAGUCAGAAUAUCCACCACCAUGCGGUUAGAGUCACUUUUUUUUUAGAUGAGAAAUCCUUGUAAUGCCAGAAAACAUGGUUGUAUUGACUUUGAAGUCAGGGAAAAUCCUUGAACCCUCAUCUUCACUUCCUGACUGUGUCAAAUGUUAACUCUUACAACAUGUUAGCUAUGAUUGAAAGCAUGUUUUUAGACUCUGGAGUAGAUUAGCUGAAAUUAUUUGCUGCCUUGAAGGUACGAAAUCAGUCUAAAAAUGUGUGGUAUGCUUUUGGUGCGCAUUUGCAGUGAUGUCAAUGCAUAGUUAUGAGCUGAAGCAGGCAAAACCACUGGUAUGUCCUCCAGCCAGAAAAAAACUCACAAACUGGACCCUCUGUGUUUACGAAUAUGAAAUCCUUUUUUCUACCGCACAUGGAUUCUUGCUGAGGUUUUUCUGAAAUCCCAUAAAAUUCUUCCCUGCAGACAGAUGAAUAUUUUCACAUUCUGUACAUGUAAUCCACAUACAGUAUGUACGCUCUGAAUGUAGGGCAGACUUGGAGGGAAAAAUGGAUGAGCUUAACUGUAUUCGACAUUGAAAGUGGAUAGAUGAAAAAGUCCUCCAGGCAGCUGUUGAAUUUCCAGAGAUUUUCACAAAAGGACACAUCAAAGUUGGCUUGUGUGCAGAAAUUACUGUUACAUUCAUCUGUUUUACCCACAGACAGUUAGAUACCCAGUGCAUUUUGCCCUUUUUUCCCAUUCCUUAAAAAUUUCCUUCUUUCCUUCCUCAGACCCAACAUGGCUGUCCACCAACCUGGGCAUCCUCACCUGUAUUGAAUGUUCUGGGAUCCACAGGGAGCUGGGAGUCCACUACUCCAGGAUCCAGUCCCUCACGCUUGAUGUACUCAGUACCUCAGAGCUCUUGGUAAAUCACUGUCCUUAUCCCGUGUUCUGUUUGAGUCUUAUUGUGUAGAUUUUCCAUGUAAAUCAGUCGGGAGAGUGCGAGACAGGAUGUAACUCAACCCGUCUGCUCCCACCUGUCCUCUCCUUGAAAAGCAAACCAAGAGUGGUGAUCAAGAGUAGCAUCAUCUGAGGCCUUGCUCUCAUCUCCAGGACCUCUCCACACUCAGAUAGCUGAGAUUUUUUUGGGCUUUUCUGCUCCCUGUUCAGUGCAAAGAUUUAUCGCCUGUGGGAAAUUGGAGAAUAGAUGCAUCCAAUUUUGGUGUUCAGACGCCGCUCUUUCUAACCACAAUCAGGCGUUGUGCAGUUUAUAAGGCUCCACACUUACACACGCCCACAGUUUAGGGGCUUCACCACAUCCUAACGGAGGUGUGAGAUAGUGACUUUUCUAUUAAUGCAUGUCGUGCAGCAAAUGGUGGUCGUAACAAGUUUUGAUUUACACGCAUGCUCUUGUGUCUGUGUCUUUGUGUGUGUGCUGAACAGCUGGCCAAGAAUGUGGGGAACGCAGGCUUUAAUGAAAUCAUGGAGGCUUGUUUAAACGCUGAAAACGUGGUGAAACCCAAUCCAGCCAGUGACAUGUAAGUCAACCCUACCCCCUUUCACCCAAAACUCCUUGAUUCAUACUUCCUCUUCACUUAUUUGACGGUGUUAUGGUCAAAUCAUCAAUCUUAUCUUUCCACAAACCAUAAUUAUUAUGACAGAAAUAUUUCUUCAAUUUCUUCAAUCUUCAGGAUUAAAACAAUAUUAAAUGAAGAUACAUUUUGCAUUUUUAUUUCAUGUUUGACACACAGUAAUGAAGGGGAAAUGUCUUUUAAAUUUUAUAUUCAAAGUGAUAUUAGAUCUACUAAAAACAGCUCACUUUGACAGAAAUGUUGCAGAUGCACGUUUCUCUUGGAAACUCUCGUGACUUUUUACCAGACACAGGGUUCCUAUGCAAGUAUGGAAAGUUUGGAAGUAAUUCGAUCAAUUUCUAGGUCAUAAAAAAAUGUUAAAUGAAAAGAAAGUAUACUAUAUUACCAGUUAUAAAAUACUGUUUUCUAAAAUAGAAAAGUAUAAUAAUAAUAAUAAUUCUAAGUAUGGAAAUUCCAACUGUGUAGGAACUCUGCAAGAGAGCAAUGUAACUGCAGAGAUUUUUAAAGGUACAGUGCGUAGUAUUUCAUGGUGUUCAGCAGAAAAUACUUGUGUUAUGAGCUAAACAAACAAGCACACGUUAUUCUGAGAGGUGAAUUUAAAAAAAAAGAGGCACAUUCAUAGGAAAGGACAGGGUAAACUUACCUUCAUGCUGGCCUUCCAGUUCAUGGUUGUGGGUCUGCUGCAUCAUGUCCUCUUAGCUGCAGCCACUCACCUUAGUCUAAUGACGUAUUUCAAAGGACUUUUACUUUGGAAUCUGACAGAUACUGCUAAAUACAUUUACAUCCUCCAUACUCCUUUUACAGAAUCAAUAUAUUAUGUACUGUACAAUUUAACCAUGCAGCCUUGACUCAUAAACUCUUUUUAUAUCUCACUCCAGGCAGGCGAGGAAAGACUUCAUCACAGCCAAAUACACAGAGAAACGGUUCGCCAGGAAGAAGUGUCCUGAUGCAACAUCGCGACUACACACAUUAUGUGACGCAGUAAAAGCCCGGGACAUCUUCUCCCUCAUCCAGGUCUACGCAGAAGGAGUUGACCUCAUGGAGCCUAUACCUCUGGCCAACGGACACGUCAGUGCACAAAUAAAUAUGUCAAAAUCUGUCCUUCAGUGGUGGCUCUAAAACUGGAGCUUUUCCAACAGGAGGAUGACUUGUUACUCAAAGUGCUUUGUCGCAUCUUUCCUGCUUCUUCUAUUAUUCGAGACAAACGCCUUAUAUUCCCACGGGUGCGGUGCAAAUGAUUCAUCUCUUUAUUACAGGAACAAGGGGAGACAGCUCUUCAUCUGGCUGUCAGACUGGUGGAUAGAACAUCUCUUCACAUCGUCGACUUCCUCACUCAGAACAGGUAAAACGAAACAACAGAAGACCGUGUUGCAAUUCUAUAUUCUUUAUUUAUUUAUUUAUUUAUUUUUAUUCUCUUAUGCUUGCUAUGCUAAUCUGUGACUGACAUUCUAUUGCUUUUUAUUGUUGCUGCUCUUUUUUACUGUGUACUGUAGCACUUUGAGAUUUCUUGUAAAUGUAAAGUGCAUUACAAAUUAAAUUUAUUAUUAUUAUUACUAUUAUUAUUAUUAUUAUUAUUAUUAUUAUUAUUACUCUUCAAUUAAGUCACGUGUCACUUGCAUAAUGCAAAAUGACUGUGCUUUAAAUACUGAAUACACUGCUAUAAAACAUACUGCUUCUUCAGAGCAUCAGCACCACUCAAAAACAAUAUCCCUUUAACUGUUACAUUUCAGAUUCAGUUAUUUUCUCUUUUUCAUUACUUUCAUUUCUCUUUUCUUUGAGGGUUCAUUUAUCAUAUUGUAAUUUUCAGAUUCAUGGUAAAAAUAUAGUUCAUCUUUGAUUGUGUUGGAGAAUAUUCAAAUAGACAUUAGGGCUUGACAUGAGAAAGACUGAAAGUUUCUUCUCUGUGUGUCCCUCUGCAGCUUGAAUCUUGAUAAGCAGACAGUCAAAGGAAGCACAGCGCUGCACUACUGCUGCCUGACAGACAACAGCGAGUGUCUGAAGCUGCUGCUGAGGGGGAAGGCCUCCAUAGAGAUCGGUAAAGAAAACAUUCAAGACACAAGUGUGGUGCAUUUACUGUCCAUCACUUUGUCUUUUCUUCUCCUCUCCUGUAUCCUGUUAUACAUCCUUUGUAUAAAGUCCAACAAAUGGUUGUUUGUUUCAGUAGGUGUGAUGAGAUAACAUCAGAAAAGGGGCUGAUAUAAACACAGGAAGCUAAUAGCUCAUUUAAGGCUGAGAUUUACAUUGUCUCAGGUUCUUUUUAUACUAUUCAAUUAAAAAAGUCUGUUUAGCAACAAGUCCCUCUGCUAUACGGUUGACUAAAUUUGUGGUUUUUCCUUGUUGGUUACAUAGAAGUUGGCCUUUAUCUGGCAGUAAGUUGAGAUAACUAAUCAAUUUUAUCUGCUGACAGGUCGAUGUGCAAUAUUAAACAUGAAGGUUGCCAUUUGAUACAUUGUACCAAAGUUAGUUAAGCGCUAAUUCACGUCUGCAGUUACAGAUAGAAAGUAACAGAUAAUCAGUCGCAAAUUUCCCAUUUUUCUGUCUUCUUCUUUUUUAAGAGACCAACAGCUGUAGCUACAGAACGACUCCCAGUUAGAAAUAGGUUGUUGCAUUUAAACUGCAUCUUUACACAUCAGAUCCAGUUAUGUACAGAAAUUAGGGAUGCACCGAUCACCUCCGAUACAGAUAUCUACAGUCUAGUAUUGACCGAUACCGAUCCAGUUCUGAUACAGAAUUCCGAUACAGCUGAAUUACCUUUUGUUGUAACCUGAAGUUUUAUCACCGCCCCUCUGAACAUUUACUGCGCAGGUAUUACAAGUGACUGUCGAGCUUGUAGGCUGAGGUAGUGUGAUAAAGUUCAAGAUAGCAGACCCCUUUGCUUGCUCAGUUUUGAAAACAAUGUGGGCACCCACUCCACGUGUUUACUUGUGGAUGCCUCUCACAGUGCAUAGCAUAGAGUUAGACUGAAUAGAUUGUCCCCUAUGCAUCGGGCCCAUUGUCCUUGAUGCCUGAUCUAGAAUUUUCUUCAGUAUCAGGUCUGAUACCGAUAUCAAAUUUUGGAUCGGUGCAUCGCUAACAGAAAUGUCCCUUUCAGAUGGGAGGUUUUAGAGAAUCAGGCCCACACAAUUCGAAAACUACAUUGACAACCUAUCAAGAUGAGAGUAAUUAUUUUCAUACAUCCAUGAUGAUAAACCUGUGAUACUGAGAAGUUGUGAAUUUGUAAGUUUAAAUGGAGUAAGUCUCUGCGCACCUCCUCUCUGUCUUCCUUGUAUUUUUUUGCUCUCCCUCACCCUGAUCCAUUUACUUGGUUUCAAGUCUUGCAGGUUUGGUUCCCAAAGGUGCAGACUGUGCCAACAGACCAUGGCAACUCUUUCUCACAACACUAAUCUUUCUGCUCCACUCUGACAUCGACAAAACAGGCAGAUAAUAGAUAGAGUUUGGAGGAGGACAGAGAUAAACUAGAGAGUUGUUCACUGUGGGAAACGAUCUAAUUACACAUUUCUCAUGUCAUUCUGAAAAUGGGCUGUGUGUUUGUGCUCAUGUGGUGUGGAUCCAACAGUGAUUAUAUGUUUCUGUUCUUUUCCGCUCCAGCUAAUGAGGCCGGGGAGACGCCGCUGGAUAUCGCUCGCAGGCUCAAACACCUCCAGUGCGAGGAGCUGGUGAGGGCACAGUGUUUAGACUUUUUGGCUUCUGCCUGCAAACAUAUCACUUUAUGAUUGUAAGAGCCGUCAGUCAUUUCUGUUUGCAUGAGCGGGGUUUUGUUUGUGUCUGCAGCUAAACCAAGCGCUGGCAGGGAAAUUCAACGCCCACGUUCACGUUGAAUAUGAAUGGUGCCUGCAGCACGAAGAUUUGGAUGAAAGUGACGAGGAUCUGGAUGAGAAAGUGAGAGAAGAGAGGUUUUUUUUUUUUAAGCUGUGUUACACAGACAGGAAAAAAAGGAACAAUCAGGCAAAAAAUGAGAACACAUUUGAAGAAGAUAAAAAUUGUGAGUCUCUAAGGGGAUAAUGAAGCCUAAAAGCUCAGCUACUGUUUAGUUCCUACAGAGACAAGAGUCUUUCAAACAAACGACUGAAUCUGUUUCUUCUUCUUCUUUUAAAGCCAUUUGAACAGCCAGUUUGACAUUUAAAGCACCCACACUUCUUCACAGAGUAUCUUUGUGGUUGAUUUUCCCGGAAAAAAAUUAACCAAAUUUAACAAAAAACUGUUUUUCUUUUGGAGUUUUUCUGAUUUUAUUUUCAGACUAAAUUGAUAAAUGGGCGUAUAUAUCUGACAUUAGAGCACAAGAAAAGUGAAGGGUACCCUGAAUAAUAAUUGCUGGUAUUUUUAUCAGCAUGUGGGGUUUGAUUUGACCUGGAAAAUUGACUUGAGGGUGCUGUUGACUGUGAUGUACUUUUUUUUAAGAGGGAAUUCAGUUUUUUUCUGUCCACUACUGAUCCUCCAAUCUCCCGCUGCUUCUGUAGCCGAGCCCUCACCGCAGAGAUGAACGCCCUGUAAGCUGUUACACCCCGGGCAGCAACUCCCACCUCCAGUCCGGUCUAAGCUCUGCCAGCCGUGACGCCGUCGGCCUCGCCAAAGACAAACAGCGCACCUACAUCCCCAACCUGGUCAACAACGAGACGUACGGCACCAUCCUAAACACCAACCCACCUCAGCCUUCCACCACCUCUGCUCCGCCUCUGCCACCAAGGAACCUGGGUAAGAGCGCAGAGCUGUAUCAAAGAGAGGCAAUUAACCUCUCUGACCUGACUCUGGCCUCAUAGACUACCUUAGGGAAGUGUUAUUUUAAAAUUUGCCAGAGGAUUUGGCCCUGUUUCAGCGGUUUCUGAGGGCUUUAUAUUAAUUACCACACAGAUCUUGGCAAUUUCUCAACCUGCUUGAACACCACAGAUGUAUCCGGGUACUGGAGUGGAGAAAAGUCACAUUGAGGACAAAUGGAGGGGCAGCUUUUUCUGGAAGCCGUUUGACCUCCUAUCUCUGUGGAUCUCAAACCUAAAGGGCAGAUUUUCCUGAACGCUGAAAGUGUUUUGAGAAAAACUUGUGUUGAAAAGUCUCUGAUAAUAUUAAAUGGAAUUAAAAUGUGAAACCUUUUUUGAGGAAUUUCAGUUUUCCUGCUAAGACUCUGUGUCGUAUAGUCGACACGUGAUGUUUCUCCCCUCAGUCGUUCUUCAGUAACUUGAGUGUUUGUCUGGAGGUCUGCCGCAGAGCAGAGGAGAAGCAACCAGCUGUGUCACUUACCCCGCCUCACCACAACCCCCAGCCCCGACAUUCUGCACAUUCCUCCAUCCUCCUCAUUAACUGUCGCUCUCAAUUACACUCACAUGGAGACGGCCUUAGAUAUUUAAGUAGAUUCUGGUUUUGGCAGAGUGCAGCACUCUCUUUCAGUCUGUUUUUGUCAUCUUAAAAACUGCCCCCCUCUCUCUCUGUCUCUCUCUCUCUUUUUCUUAGCCCAGUUAUCUGGUCUGGGUGGGAUCAUUCAGUCUUCAGUGACCAGCAGCUGGAAACCUGGUUCUUUAGACCUGAUGGGUCGACAGAGGUCGUCCUCAGAUCCCCCCAACAUGCAUCCUCCUGUCCCCCCGCUGAGACUAACUUCAACUGGAGGUAUGGACCCUUACAGAGCUACUCCUCAGCCUUUUACUAGACAGCUGCUAUACAGAGGGAAUAAAAAUACAAUAUAGUGCCUUAGAUUUAAAGUUGCUGAUGGCUGACGGAUAAUUUGACUCAAGAAAGUAUGAGCUUGAGUUGCUCUUUGGACUGAGGUGAGAAAUAAGAACAAGGCUCUCUCUUUUUUAACAGUUGAAAUGGAUUUGUUGUGCUAGACCUUUAAAAUAAACUCUUUUGUGCUUUGCAUCAGGCUUUCAUCACGAGUUUAAGAAACAUACCCCUUCCUUCACCUCUUCUUAACCCCCUGAAAACAGCCUUAUGCUAAAAGGACAUGUUGAAGGUCAACAUGACAGUACUAUCCCUCCUAAUACAUGUAAACUGUUUAAACACAGCGUGUUUAUGUUACACUGUCUCGUAUGUUUUAUUAAACGUAUGAUCUAACUUGUGUAAAAGUUUGCAACCCAGGUGUGUCUGUGUGUUGUAGGUCUGGGUCCUGCCCCUGUAGCGAAGAUGGAAUCAUUGAGCAUCCAGUCCAAGUCCAGCCAAGGGCCGCUGGGCUCCAGAGUGGUGCCCCCCAAAUCCCCAGCAGGGUAAGAAAUGCUGCAAUCCAUGCAACCUUAAAGUUCGAGUGAACAAGUCCUAAAACCAAGGGUCUGUCGUCUUUACUUUGUGGAUUUGCAGCUUCUUUAGUGACACAGGAAAAACAAUAGAGGAGUAUCAUUCACUCCACACACAGGAUCCUCUCUGACUGCCCCAGAUCUGUGCAUUUAGCUCUUCUUGAAUGCUUGUCUUGUACAUGUUGUUUUCCCCAAAGAUGGAUGAGCUGACAUGGCUGCUGCUCAGCUGCUUCAUUAGCUUUUCAAGCUAAAGCUCUGCAUCAGCCAGACCAACAAUGACUCUCCUCCACAGUCGCCCUUUAGUCUCUUUUCUGUCCCACAGGGCUGUAAUAAAUCUAAAACAGAGCUGCUGAGAGUCUGGACAGUUCUCUAUUACAUUUCUCUCUGAAUAGGACCUUUAUCUAUCUGCUGAUAGGAGCACAUUUUUAAGACAGUUUGUGUCUUUUCAGGAAUGAUAAAAGCUUCAGCAGAGGACCUCUUGCCCGGACACAAUCUAUCGAGAGACCAAGUGAGUGAAUGGAUAAGAGAGGGAUAAGCGACUGUGUGUGUCCGGUGUUAAGAGAGCUACACUUGAGGAUGUUUCACUAUCUGUCCCACGGUGUUAUUUCGGAAAAGUUUUGUUGUCGUUGUGAUAAAAUUUCCUUUUCCUGUUCCAGCUAAGGAAGUGCCAGGAUGCCCCCAGAACUCCAUAGGUCAGUCUCUGGCUCCAGCCCCCAUGCCGAGGAAGGCUUAUCCAGUGAGUCCCCCUUUCAACCGCUUAUUAUCGUUCACAUAUUAGUGACUGGAAAAUGCUUAUUUAUUCAUUUUCAUGCUUAGUCACUGGCUGCUAAUUUCCCAGGUCGUUUUAUUCUGUUUAUUCUCUUAAAUGUGCUGCAGGUUUGUCUGGUGUCUCAGUUUUUCCAGCAUCCACAUAUUCCCUAAAUUUCCACAGGAGCUUCUCGUCAUCGAAGGGGCUUUUUAAUUCUGAUUCUGGCUGCUGGAUAUUUCAGCAUAUUCCCAUUUCUAUGCACCGUACCUUUAAUGUGAAUCUACAUUGUCUGUUUGGUUGGAGUUGCAGGAUGAAGUUGCUGUCAGUUUUCACUGAAGAUGGGAAAAUUGGUGCUUUAUCAUCGUUUUGGAAACCAAUGAUAGUUGUGAAGGGAAAAACAGAAACACUUUGACGACUAAAGAACAAUUUUGCAGCUUUUAGUUUUACCAGCCGAGUCACAAAGCAAAGCAAAAUGCCUCAAAAAUCUUGUCCCAUGAAGAGAAAAAACAUUCUUCCCUAAAAAACCUACAAUUGAAUUUCCCUUUGAGGAUCAGUCAGGUUCUUCUUCUUCUUCUUUUUCUUCAACAACUAGAAGGAAUAAUCCUUGGUUGAGUCGGUGUGUCUGUCAGAAAUGAUAUUUUUCCUUCAUGGCUUGACUUUAUUCAACUAUGUUUGCGAUUUCCUUCCCAGAAGCAGCGGCCAAAGCGAGUAAAAGCCAUCUACAACUGCGUCGCUGACAACCCUGAUGAGCUGACGUUCUCUGAGGGCGAGGUGAUCGUGGUGGAUGGAGAGGAGGAUCAAGAGUGGUGGGUCAGUAUCUCCCCCUCUUUCUCUCUCUCUCUCUCUCUCUUUCUGGUGCAUGUUUUUCAUUAGUUCUUGUUGUUUAGUUGCUUGCAUGUGUUCUCAUAUGUAAGCACAAAGCAUCCUCAGUCCAUCCCAGUGUCCCAUUUUAGCCUCAUUUUUCCCAAGUGGGUGUCAGUGCACUCUGUCACCAUGGUAGCAGGAGCAAAAAGCUAUGAUCUCACUCCGGCCAAUAUUCCCCCUCCUCCUCUUUUUCCGCCUGUUGCUGCUGCUUCCUCUGUGGAGCCCCUUGUGUGAACCUCGACCAGCUGCAGCUUGUUUUCCUGCGAGCCACCUCUGCAGAUAUGACCGUAUUUAGUCAGUCUCUGUUUCUGUGGCCCUGCAUGGACCCCGAAGUCCCCAGAGGUCCACACCAUGCUUCCUCUAUGUCCUCGAAGAGAGUGUUAUCACUCUCUGUGUGUCUGAAAUUAUCAAAAUGUAAACAGAGCGCAGAGUCAAGAGGAGUGAUUGCCCCUGUGGUGUGUCCGUCCAACAUGUUUCAUUUUGAAAUCACUGGAGAUAAAAUUAUUCUCUUAAAAGCAACAUAAGUUUUGGAUGGAUGUUUUGUAGCUCAUAGAAGAAGUGUAUAUACCCGUGCCACUGUAACAGCAUUAUUCUUUGUUUAAUACUUAGUGUGUUUUAGCAUUAAUCUCUUCUUAUCAUUACUGGAGCACAAAACAUGUCCCAGCUUUUUACUUUCAGGUGUAGACGACCUUUAAAAUGACUAAGUUCUGUCUCCUUAAUCUGACAAGGUAAUAAAACAAUAAUGUGGGGUGUUGUUUUAGAUGGUACAGAGAUAUUUAUUGUGAUUUAGCCUCCCAUAGUCUACUCUAUGAGCUCCGUUAGGUGAUGUUUAGCAAAGCUGAUCUCCUGAUUUACAAAACACAAUCCCAUUGAAGUUUGGAAAUUGUGAUAAAUGUAAAUAAAAACAGAGUACAAUAAUUUGCAAAUCAUUUUCAACCUAUAUUUAAUUGAAUUCACUACAGAGACUUUACACUAGUUAAUUAUUUGCUAAAAAAAUAAAGUUUAUGAGUUUGAACAUUAAAUAUCUUGUUUUUGUAGUUUAUUCAAUUGAAUAUAGGUUGAAAAGAAUUUGCAAAUUAUUGUAUUCUGUUUCUAUUUAAGUUUAUCACAAUUUACCAACUUCAAUGGAAUUGGGUUUUGUAGUUUAGAUCCAAGAAGUCCCGAUUUGUGUCAGUUUAUACAGACUUGUAUGGAUAAGCUUAAAUAUAUGAAAUAAAUGAUUCUCCAUUUAAAAACAUACAUCAGUUUUACAUUCUUACUUACAAAUUAGACUCUGUUAUGCUCAUACUUCAGAUAAGGAGCUAUCACAUGCAUAACUUUUGGAUUAAACUGGAGUGUAUGAAGAUGGAUGACACGCCUCUGACUGCUUCUGUUAAAAGUGAAGCCAUAAUACCCCUGAAUGUGGAACCCUUUUGCUAACAGACAGAUACAUAAACCUUACCAGUGCAACUGUCAGUGUCCCUCAUGCUCGUACAAAUGAUUGCAUAACUUUAUUUUAUGACAGUUUGAAGCAGACACUCAGAACGUGAAAAAAUUGAUUAGUCGGCAGUAGAGACACGGCAUGUUUGGGAGAAAAUUUCCAAAACUUAUUUAUGACUUUGAAGGUUGACAUAUGUUCCAUCUUUCUACAUGGAGGAGGCGGAGCUUAUGACUUACGCUGUCAUUUAUGCUGCCAGUCAGCAGAGGGAGCUCCAGCUGUUUUGGCUUUUGGGGAGCUGUCAUGUCAUCCAUCAUAUUUUAUUUUAAUUGGCAAAACAUUUGACUAAAUUCAUCUCUCAUUGUUCACAGUCUUUAUGUAUUCAAAUGAACAUGUAUUCUUGAAAUACAUGUUUUACGAGUCUAUAAUGAAUCUAUCAGAAAAUCAGAUUUUUUUAAAAUAAGUCAAAGUCCUCAGUGGUGUGUAAGUGUUGUGUUUGUUUUAUAGUUGGCUGAACAGUCCAUCAAUUAACUUUUCCAGUGAUGUUUAUUUGAUUCUGACCUUAUCUCUGUCUUCCUCCCUCACAGCUGGGCCACAUCGAAGGAGAUCCAUUGAGACGAGGAGCGUUCCCCGUCACUUUUGUUCACUUCAUUGCAGACUGA